AUGAUCUCACGAUAUAAACCGGUGAGUGCUCCAUGUUUGUGUCACCUGGUCAAUCACACUAAUCGAUAAUCUACAUUCAUGUUACAUGCAUGCUGCUCCGGUAGCAUUUGAUGAAACUGCACCGCAAAGCCAUGUUUUAUAACCCAAUUACAUGUGAUUUACGUGUUUACGUUUGCAUAAUUGUUACAAAUAUAUUUGCAUCUGUAGAUAAAAGCAAACUGAGUUAGAGGUUGUGAGUCACUUUAGGUCACAGUUGGUCACUGGGAACCUGCCUGAGCUUUAAUGCGACUAUAACUCAUUGGGAUUCAGCCAAGACUCAUUUCUGCCAGCAAAUUAUGGAGGAGAGCGAAAUAUUGGAGCUGCUAUUACAUGGUGGUAACAAAUUGGCACAGUCAGUCAGAUGGAAUGCAUUUCACAAAACAACCCCUCCUCUUCUCUUUUCUGUGAAUAGGUGAGAGAGAGAUACGGGGUGAGAAAGAGAGAGAGAGAAUGUCAAUGCAUGAUUCAUCAUCCACCUCUAACCCUCACUUACUCCUACAGAUCAAGUCAUCACAAUACCAGCCCUAGAGAAGGCUCUAUGUAGGUUUGUCCAUAUGGUUUUUAGAAAUGCAUUGUUUCAGCUCCAAGUGCACUGAGCUAUCUCGUCCAAACCAGCCUAAAUUCCUGUUGCGUAAGUGUUGUUUUUGCUUUUCUGAAGUCUCUCAGAGUGUUUGCUUAUCCUCCACUCAUCCUCUUUUAUUCUGCACACACUGGUGCUUUAACUCUCCCCAGGCGAUCUAGUGAUGGACAGGGCUAAUCUCUGAUGUAGGCCACCGUAGAACUGUAAACUGGACAGAAAUGCUAGAUGAAAAGAUGAUGGAGACACAGACACAAUGCAGGAGGAAGUCUUUAGUUGACCUGAUGAUACUGGCAACAUGAAAUCCGGUCGUGUUUAAUUGAGGAAACCACGCUGACAUGACAUCUGGCUAGUCUGUGCCACUUUCAUCAGCGGUUGUUUGUUGAAAUAAAAGCUCCCUCAGAUUAAAUCGGGUGAGAGUACUGCAGACAUUUGCCCAAAUGUCUCACUCUGGUAUGAAUGAAUUUUUUUCCACGUAAGCAGAUAAUGAAUGGGUGACAGGAAGUCAAAGGACAUGACAGCAGUUGCUGUGAACUCUUCAUCCUGGGUGCUGAUGUGAAAGACCAACUGGAAUCUCUUCACCGUCAGCUAUGCCUGCUCUUCCUCUUCUAUACAUUUCAAUGCCUCGAAAAAGCUUUUUGACCUUUAGAGGACAUCAGAGCUGCAUAUUUCAACUACAACUUCCUUGUAAAAGAAGAUAUAUACCGAUGAGCUGUGACACUAUGACCUCCUGUUUAGACCCCCUCUCUUCAUGUAGGGGAAAAAACAGCCCUCAUCUAUCAAGACGUGAACUCCAUUAGCCCUCUAUAUGUGUGCUGUGGUAUCGAGCAAUAAUGAUGCUGCAGCUGAUCCGCUAAGCCAUGUAAUUUGUAAGGUGGGUUCUCCAAAGACUGAACUUGGAUUAACUGCAGAUCCCACUGAUUUCUGAUAGGACUGAGAACUGGGGAAUUUGGGGAUUCUCAUUGUACCUUCAAUGGUGUACAGAGGUCAACGUGUGUGUGAGUCUGCAUGGCUCUAUAUGCAACGAACUGUGAUGCAUCGUAUUUUGACACAUUUCUAAUAGGAUCAGCAUCAAUGUUUUCAUCAGUUUGAGCUUUUUUAGGCCCACAAAUAAAACUUGACUCUAGUUCACAGUUUUUUCUUCUUUGGACCAUGAGAAACUGAUCACUGAAAGCCAAGAACACCACAGGAGAACUGUAGUUUCACAGAGGCUCUGGCCCAGUCCUCUUACACAAAAAGCUGCUCUCAUCUUUUUGCUUAGUUUUUUUUCCAGCUUCAAACACAUCAACUUUGAGGAAAAAGUUUUACUCCCUGCCUAAAAUACACUACCUACAGUACUUACAGGUGCUGUUGCAAGGAAGGCAGUCAAUAUUGAUAUCGCCUAUCAGUGCUCUUAGUGUUAUGGCUGAUCUGUGUAUCUUUAUUGCUUUAAGGGAAAUCUGGGCACAGCUUGUGAAGGUGCUGUACUUAUAUGUUAAUUCAAUCUGCAGGUUUUCCAUCAUCUCAACAUAUUGGUAUUGCUGUGCCUUUAAUCACCAAAACAGCUUGCAAACAUAAAGUGCACCAUAAAUAACACUGAUAACAUGAAGUUAAUUAAAUUCAGCCACCGUUAUACCAGAUUUAGCAGAGCUCCUACAUCCUGCCUCCAUAAAAUACAAAGCAGUGACCACACGGCUAUUUACGUCCCCAUUCAUGUCGCUAUAAUAUACAGUAGAGUCCCUCGUGAACAGUGUUAAAUCUAAACUGAGACUCCAGAUUGUCUGUUGCUGCAGACUGCAAACAGUGCAGUGAAACUGUUCCAUUAUGGCAUUAUUCCAUUAAAGGAAGUCAGUUUCUUUGUAUACACCAGGAGAACAAAUAUUUCUCUUCUUGUCUUGGCAGAUGGCUGUGCAGUGAUGAGUCUGGUUCUGCUCCAAGCUUUUGCCUGCUUAAGGAUGUGUUUUCUUGCCACACAUGCCAAAUGCCCGCUCACAGGGAAUUAAUUUCUUCAAGUCUUAUAAAUAAUACUACAGAGUCUAGACCCACUCUUUUUGUAAAGGGUCCUGAGAUAACUUUUGUUUUGACUGAUAUGAAUCUAGGUGUUAAACUAGUUAGUGUCACUGCAAGAACAGCUUUAUACUUUGAUAACAACUAGAUAAUCGUUGACAUUCCUGUUUUAUUCUUGUGCUCAUGUGUGAGUUGGGGGAAUCUCAGUUCAUAUAUGACUAUGUGUAUAUAAACACUCAUGUAAACUGCUCAUUACAUUUAUGCUUAUCUCUAUUGUGAUAAUGUGAGGGUCACUAUGAUGAGGAUUACAUUAAACAUAAUUCAUUUUAACCGCUAAGAAAAGGCUGUGAGUCUGACGGAUUAUCAAAAUCUGCUCCCAUGUGGCUCUUUGCUCUCCCUGAUCUCUCUGGAACAAGCCAGCUGCCAUUGGCUGCAGCAGGAGCUCUCUCUGCUCCCUAUGGGACUGGACGCACAAUGCAUCCAUCUAGGGAAUACAUUAAUAUUUGAUGUCACUAUUUUUCAGAGUGUCCUGCUUUCUUGUAGAUUUAAAGGGGAGAUUAGCAAUAAAUGACUGAGGGGGAGAGUUAUGUAAGUCUAGAAAAAACAGAAUUGAGAUUAAGGGUGCUUGCUCAUGCUUCACACGUACCUCUGUGUUACGUUUGCACGGCUCCAUCAGCAGCUGUGCUUCCCCUGUUUUCCUCUCCUUCUUCUUCACCUCUCUCUCUCUUCUUCAUCACUCAAUGCCUCUCUUGCCCUCACCCUCCUACCUUCAGAGAAUCAGUCCUCCGGCUCCCCCCCUGCACACUCUGCUCUCUCUCGUUUCUUCAUCCAAGGUCGACUUUGAGCUCCCGGUUGCAAAGAGACAGGAAUAGCAGGUGCACUGCAGAAUGCCACCGCUGCUCUCUCACUGUAUGUGCGUGUUUGUGUGUGCGUGUGUGUCCGUGUGUGUGUGUGUGAAUGUGAAUGCCGGGAGCGUGUCUGAAUGCAUUCCAGUGGAGCUGUGCAGCGGGAGCCGUGUGAGAGUGAAGCUCUAGUUUUAGAGGAUGUCUGAGGACUGCAGGCGGACGGGAUGCAGAUGUUUCUCACCGGCAUGGACGGGGAAGCUGCUCAGUCUGCCUAAAAGGAGAGGACUGUGACUGAGUCUGACCCCCUUUCCCCCCUCCUCUGUCUCUUCUUCCUCACUGGAUCUGAUAUUUGGGAGUUUGAUUCGAGAGGGAGCUGGAAGGAGGUCACAUAAGGAAACGCUGGGAUCUACCGGAGACGUCAGAGAGUCCUCUUUUAAAGACAAAAUGCUCUGAGAGCCUCUGUUUAAAACCUCUCUGUCUUUCCUCUGUCUUUCUCCUCUCCUCCUCCUCUUCUUCCUCUUGCCGGUUCCCUGCAGAGUCCCAGCUCCACCAUGUCCUUGGCAUUCUGUGGGAACGAGAAAAACUCGUCGGCUUACAACGUGGAUGGAGGUGUCCUGAACAACGGCUGCUUCCUGGACGCGCUAAAUGUGGUGCCACAUGUCUUCCUCCUCUUCAUCACCUUUCCUAUCCUCUUCAUCGGUGAGUGUUGCUGUGAGGUGAGGUCCCCAGCUUCUUUGCUCCACACCUCCCUUCAUGGACCUCACAUGCAGCAUAGAUGGAUGAUGUGUCAGCAUUAACAGACGAGGAUAGGAAAUGUUAAUGGGCUUCUGCAUGUUUUCUAUCUGCCCCUCUCAGCUCAUAUACAUAUAUUAUCAAAUAUAUUUAAAUAAAUCACUCAUUUGCACUCAUUUCUAUUAUCAUAUCCAACAUGUUGUAUUUUACUUGUCAUUAACUGUGCUAAAAAACCCAUUGAGUCAUUGGUUGCUAUCCCACAGUCAGCAGUAGAUAUAUGAGUCUAUUGGUUGGAUAUUAGAGCCUCUAUCUGAGCUUCAAGUGUUCUUGCAAGUCACAAGACUGUCCUGAUGAAAUGUAGCAUAUUGGCAUUAGGUUACACCUUCUCUGCUAUCUUCCUGGAACUGUGCCAGUCUAUUAGUGUCCCCAUCGCUGUGUCACAGACUUGCUCUGUGUUGCUAAACACUGCCCUGCCCUGCCAGUGUGAGAGCUUGACAGGUGUAGCAUGUGUGUGCAUCCAGUUUAAAACAGCUUGAUCCUUCUUUGUCAGGAUACACUUUUACAUUUAGUCCAGAGUGGUUCUGACUUUGAUUUAUUUCUGUACAAGCAUACAUGCUUCUUGUUCUCAGCAUUUUCUGUGUUUCUGUCUUUUUACCACAUUUCUGUGGCAGGAUAUUCUCACAUACCUCAGUUAUUUUUGAUGCUUUUCUGUGAUGUGAUUGCUGUCCAAUGGUUGCUUAUUGUUACCUGUGAUAUGGUCUUGUGGGUAACAAUGAACCUUUUGGUCUAUUGGUCUUGUUCUUAAAUGAGAUACCUCAACAAAUAUUAGAUUAGCAAAACAAUUGUGCAGAUAUUCAUGGUGCUGUCUUGAGAUGACACUGCUAAGAUGAAGCUGCCAUUUUUGUACAGUGAAAGUGCCUCUUAGUGUUGGUUCAAAGUGCAUCCAGUUUAUUUGAAAUAGGAAAUUUUGGUACUAAACUUUUCUCUUGCAGCAUCUUUGGUUUAAAAUUUUACUUUAUUAAUUUACAAGGGUCAAUGACAUAAAUCUAAAAAAAUCCCAACAAAAUAAGAAAAUAAAUAAAAAUCUUGUUAGCCCCAACUGUGUAUUUAAUGUUAACUGCAAAUUGUUUGCCUCUGGCACACUAAAACUGAGUGGCAACCUCCACUUAUGAGAAAUGUGAAAGCGCCUAAAACUGCAAUCCCUUAAGUGUCCACUUGAGGCUGGCUCCAAAAGCUCUGGUAAUCACAUAAACACCCAUUCAAAACAGCAAAACAGCCUGCUAAAACCGGAAUAGCACUAUAUAUUACUAUUCACUAACUGUAUAAAAUUUGAUUGUCUUUGCAACUCACUAGUUUUGUAGAUUUUAAAAUUAGUUUCGCAUCAUUACGGACCAGCCUGCACAUUGUAGUGCUGGCGAGGAGGUUAGGACAUGUGCUGAAGGAGAGAAAUGUCAGAGAGACGGUCUUGCUGCCCUUGUUAAAAUGCUGCCGUAAGCUAUUAAGGGGGGUUAGUACCUUGCUCAAGGGCACUUGAAUGGUGCACAGGAGGUGGCUUGGCACCUCUUCAGCUACCAGGUUCUGAGUCUGGGUUUGGUCUUACCAGGACUUGAACCAGCUGCCCUCCAAUCCUCAGCCCAAGUCCCUCCAGACAGAGCUACUCCAAUGUUGACUGUGGCUGCUAUAAACAGGAUCAAAACUCCACAAACUAGCGGGUUACAUCCCUGAGAGGAUGUCCAUAUUUGGUUAAAUCCAUUUAUUUUAAUUCAGACUGUAAACAGGAUCAAUGUCACACUUGAUAACAAAUUAGCAUGUUAGAGUUGUCCAGUUCCAGAGCGUGCUGGCAUAUAUAUAAUCUGAUCAAGUUGAUAGCAAGUUGAUAGAGACUGUGAUGAAGGUACCUUUGAAAAUAUUUUCCGUUCUUGUAACCUGUGCCAAAAAUUUGACUCAUUUAUAAUAGUUAUCAAAAUCGAAGCGGCUGGGAGAAACCUCCAGUAAAAGUCAAAGCAGGUCAUUUGAAGAAAAUAGAGGAUACGCUGCCUGGACCCUGCUGUAUUGACUCUCUCUGCUCUGUCAGCUUGAGCGAUGCUGCCUUCACUAACAACCCUGUCACUAAAGAAAUACCUCGAGGUGUCAACCUUGAGUCAACCUUCUAGGGGUACAGUUACUGAACUGAGCUCUUCAGUCUUUUUUGCCCUGCAGCUGUAUAAUGUGUCGCUGGCUCAUCACAUCAGGAGUAUGAGAGGAUGUCGUGGAUAGAAACACCACGACAGCUUAACUGGAGUGUGGGCUAACAUCAGCAGUAUGACAGCAGGGUUAGUUUCAUUAUCAAUUUUUUUUAAGCCUGUCAAUAAUCCCUCAUUAUUUAUUCCUCCAAAUAUCAAAAUAAGGUUAAGGAUGCCAGAGCCCACAAAUAUUCUGACAAAAGAUAAAUGUUUAAUUGAUCAACUCACACAAGAAAAACACCCCCCUAUAUGUGUUAUAACAGCUGCUGUUGGCCAAGUAAAUGGUUGCAGUAAGCUAAACUUAAACUAUAAAUAUGUAAUCUUUGUCAAACAAAUUGAUAAUCAUAUUAUCAUGAAUUAAAAUUAAAUCACGAACUGUCAAAUCUAUAGUAAAUUUUAAGUGCAGGAAUUUUGCUCUGUGGCCCUUAAAUCAACACUGGAACACAUUUUAUGCACAUUUACCACAUUAUGCAGAACAUUUGAGAGGCUGAUUUAUGACUUAGUACAUCAGCAGAUGGUGUGAAUUUCAGUGUGUGAGAAUGACACAGAUUCAAGAAAGAGAUGUUGUCCAUGGGUGUUUGUGUGCAUGCGUAUGUGUGUAGUUAUGAGUGUGCGUUUGUGACUGCUUGCUUGUGCCAACACUUCGCAGUGAGAUAAAGUGCCCAACAGCUAAGGUGCCAACCUCAGAGGAGUCAUUAUCUCAUCAUUAGAGAUGUGUCUAUGAUUAUAGAUAUAUGACAGCCUGAGUAAAGAUUAAAGGGUUUAGGGCCAGCAGCCACACAGGCCCUUGUCAUUGCCUUGUCUCCCAAACAUUGUGGAUGCAAUCACAAUGAUAAUAACAUCUCAGGUUUCCUUGAUUAUGAAUAAGUUAUGGUCCCUGGCAGGCUGCCACUUCUCCUGGCAGAUCCCUCCUUUGAGUUUACGUGCUGUUAUUCAUUCAGCAUGUGUGAAUAGAGAGCUGUUUUUCAUGAAGCUUGUGAUGUUCAAGGUUGCAGUGAGAGGAGAAGAUGCUACGUCAGGACUCUCUGGGGCAAACUCAGAACUGCACUUAUGAGGCUCACUAAGUUCAUGUGCUUGUUUUCUCAGUUAUUUUACUGUAUAGUCAAAGCCAUUCAGCUGCAAUCCUUUUCCAAUUUUUAUUUUCUGUCUCAUGUUUGAGGUUGGGGAAGUCAGAGUUCAAAGGUCCACAUCCACCACAGCACCUGGCUUCACUUUCCCGGUCACAACCUUCGUUGGCUCCUUACCUUCGUGCUGCUCUUCAUCCUCGUCUGUGAGAUUGCUGAAGGCAUCGUCUCUGAUGGGUACGUUGGACACAACUAAGCUCAUCUAAUCUUAUAACACACCAUUUAGCCGUCAGGUGUUUGCCAUAUUACCACAAUGCCAUUAACCACCGAAACACUCAUGAUGUGACUGUUUCCUUCUGGCGAUAAUUAUUCCAGGAACACAGAAAUAUAAAAAGUGUUUCAAUAAUGCGCCUUUUCGAAAGACAGCGCCGUUUCUCUCACUGUUGUGUGUCAAAGGUUUAUAUUGCUCCAUUUUGUCUUACUAAUUAUCUCAUAAAACAAAACUAUUUCACCUGGGAGCACAGGUGAAGAUAAUUACCUGCAAUCAACAAUCUUACAUCAUGUAAUGAAAGCUGACUGGAGGCGAAGUGAACUUCAUAACUCACUGUGCUGCAAGGAUGAGAAGAGGACAGUUAGGAAAUUUACCAGCCCUCUGUCUCAUUGAGUAAGGCUUGUAGACCAAGAACAGCAUACGAAAAAUAGACAUUUCAGGUUAGUCUCUCACCAUAUGGACUAACAUAUGGAAUAGCUAGAAUAUCAGCUUGCUAAAUCAUUGUGUAAUUGUGUAAUCGGGUAUACUUUUAAUUAGAAAAGUGUAAAUGUCUUCAUGUUUGUGAUGCUUUGAUACCUUUCUUCAUUUGAAGUUUUAAUUUUGAGAAAAAAAAGAUAACAUUUAGCAACUAGCUACCAACACUGAUUCUAAACCUAUAUGCUGAGUCAAGCUAAAUAAUUUUGUUUUAUUUUCAAUUACAGGAUAAAUUGUGUAUUUUAAUGGUCAUCACCAUGGAAGAUAACCUUCCUAUCAGAAUUGUGAACAGGAAAUCUAGGUAUUUUCAUUAAAAAGGAGCAACAGCACGCUAGGUGAAGCUAACAAAACUAACCACCUCACUGUUUUUGGUUGGUCGGUUUUCAAAAAUAAGAUUAAGUGCCACUAAUGUUGUCUUGCAGAUUAAGGGGGCAGAUACUUGCUGAGAAAGUGUAAAUGUUACAUACAGCAUUAUUUAAGUGCAUUUGUAUGAUAUUUAAGCUAAACUUCCUGUUUCUAGUGCCUGACAGAGAUAACAAUUUUUGCUGUUUUUUAGCUGUGAUAUUUGAGGGUAUUUAUAAAUGCUCUUUCUCAACACAAGAAAACAGCCAUCUUGUGCUCAAAGUAAACCUGGCAGAAAAAUGCACAAAAGCUGUGAUUCUCUAUUUUCAACUGGCCUCGUUUUGCUGUAAGUAACUGAAGUCUGAGAAAUAGUUUUAAAACUACUCUCCAGACUGCUCAUGAGUAUCAUUAUUAAGUAGAUACUGCCACUGCUUAUAAACAGAGACAGAUAGACACGGCUGUCUACAGAAACCAUCUCUGUAACCAUCUCUGCCCAUCUUCUUGUUUUCUUUUUCUCUGUCCUUAUCUUCUUCAUACAUGUUGAAAUAUGUCUCAAUAAAUAUUGACUCAAGACUCUCCUUUUGUGACCAUAAGGACACAAUGACAUUAUCUUUGUUUGCUUUCAGAGACCAGAAAAAAAAGAAAACAAAUUAAAUGCUAAGCUAAACCAUAAGAUAAGAAUAACGAGGUAGAGCCCAGUCCCACGAAAGCAUUUGGAUGAGAAAGGAAACAAAUAGUGGUGCAAACAAUGCAGAUGAUGCAGCUGCACGUUUAAAUGGUUGAAGAAUAAACAGACUUCAGUCCUUCACGUCUAUGAAUGCAGGGGAUUGAUGGAGACCACUGUCUGUUGGCUAUUUCAGCAGCCCGGGGCUCCGAUGAUGAUUGCUGCUGAGAUGAGUUAAAGUGCUCUCCAUUCUUUCAACACCUCAUUGUUUUUCUCACCUUGAUUUCAGAGCCGUGUCGAAGAGCCAGGAUUGGUUGUUUAUACCUCCCUGCGCUCAUGUGUGAUAGUGUGUUUGUGUGUGUUGGUGAGGAACAUGUCCUCAAGGCUUAUUUUGAACUAGUUAAUCUUUUAUACAUCCAACAUGUAAUGUGAUUCAUGAGGUUACAAGCUCCAAUUUGUUCACUAUGAUAAUGAAAAUGUUCUGGUUCAUUAAGACACGAUGGGAUUACACAUUUUUUGCUGCAUCAGCAUUUUUGUCUUCUUAUUUUAUGCAGACUUUAAACUUUUUCUCCUCUAUCUUUUGUUGUUUUUUUUGCAGAUUCAGCCAGUCCCUUCAUCUGCACCUAUACAUGCCUGCAGGUUUGGCAUUCAUGGCCGGCAUCACCUCUAUUAUCUACUAUCAUAACAUAGAGACCUCCAAUUUCCCCAAACUGCUACUAGGUACAGUAUUUGGCUUUGCUUUGUAUAUUUGUUAUUGACAAAUCUGCCUUUAAUUUCAGAGACAAGAUCUGUGUAAUGAAGACCUUAAUUUAAUGAAGACUUUAAUUUAAGAAGUGUAACCCUCUGCCAUUGUUAUCUUGGCAGCUUCUCUGAAUCACCCCUGAAGCCGUCACGCACACCUAAAUGCUUUUCAGCCUUAAGACCAUUGCUGAAUGUGGAUCAGAGUUUAUAAAGUCUAUAUUAUUCAUGCUUUGUGCCAGAAAAGUAUCCCAUAUUUAGUUUGCUUUAAUAUCCUGAUAAUGAAACAGUAAAACAGGGUCAGUGUAGUUUAAAGUUAAUUGCCCAUUACCUUUGUAUUGGACCGCACAAUUAUGGGUAAGGUAAUAUCCUACAGCCUUAUUAUGCUGCUCUGAGUAGACAUAAAUGAUCCUUUUUAUCGAGAAAAUGAAUGUCAGGAGAACAAUUUUCACACGUAAUUUUUUUUUCUAAAAGAGGAGACCUUUGAAAAUUAGUACAAUAUAAUAGAACAAUCCCAUAGCAACCAUAAAAAAUGAGCUUAUUCGUUAAAUUACAGAUAACGCCAGAGUAUAUCCUGUAUAUAUUGGUAUAUUAUAUUGUCAUACAUCCAUGGCUCACACAGUUACCAUUAAAGACAUCAAUGAAAUUUGUUUUCUGUCCACACUGUCCUUUUAGUCCAUUAGUUUUGGUCAUAUAACUCCCAUGUUUUUUCCUGUAGUGAUCAUCCUGCUGUUAAAUUUUGACUGUCCACGGUUUUCUAUCCUCCUCAUGCAUCAUUAACUCAUUCGUGCUGGGCUUUUGAUGCUUUUACUCCCAUUAUAUCUCAGAGCUUCCUCCAGCUUGAGUCACUCUCAGUCUCAUGAGGUCAUUGUUGCAUGAACAGAAAUCAAUCUUUAGGUGGAAACUCUGACAUUGACCUGCACAUGGCCACAAUUGUCAAAUGCUCUCCGCCAUCAAAGACUGCUGCAGAGUCUGAGCCCAUAAUUUUGAUCCUUUUUGUCCUGCAGGGUAUUAUUUCUUUUGCAAUCUCAUUUACAACACCAUUUUUAUGAAUCUCUUGAACUUCCCCUAAAGAACUGACAGGACAUGACUUAAAACUGGUACUCCAUGAUAUUCAGACAAGUUUAAUCACAGCUUUAAACUGGAUUAAGGGUGGUGACCUUGAGCAGACACAUCCAAGUUUUCAAAGAAGGAAGUAAAGAAGGAAAAAGGAGCGCGAAAGGUAUCAUAUCUAGAAAGCUAUUAAAAGACUAAAAAAACAACAAACCAAAGCUUACACUCUUAAGUGUUACCAAUGAAAUCCCAGUUCAGCAAUUAUUGUAUGAAAUGUGUCUCCGAAUGUCAAAAUACACCUUAACCAGCUCCAACACAAGCCAGGUUUAGUGUGAACACUUGUCUUAUUUUGCGUCUUCGUUGAUUUUCUGUUUGGUUUCCUCAGCCCUGCUCAUCUACUGGGUACUCGCCUUCAUCAUGAAGACCAUCAAGUUUGCCAAGUACACAGAACACGGCAUCGGUCCCCGCCAGCUACGCUACUGCAUCACUGGACUUCUGAUGCUGCUGUACGGACUCCUGCUCGCUGUGGAGAUCAAUGUUAUCCUGGGCAGGGUGAGUGCAUGUGUGUUUGUGUUGUUAAAUGAUGCAGCAACAUGCAGCUGUGUAGUAUCGUUGUUUCCUGUUUUUGCUUCAGUUUUAGUCUGAAAUUGAAUCUGCUCCAGUGGUCAGUAAUUGGUAAAACCCCUAACAAGGUAUUGAAAAACGAACAAGAGACAAAAACUGGAAAAGGAAAACAGAAGAGUCCACAGCAGUCUUUUAGCUCAAUGUUAACAUAAACAUGCUCUCAGUUGCAAAGCCAGUGUUGUUAACAUUUAACUGGUAUGAUGUUUAAAAUGUUAAUCGCCUCAGUUGAAUAUGUUUUUAUGCUAAUGUUUACAAAUUAGUAUUUCAUACCAUCCGUACAGCAGCUGUUUAACAUGUCAUUAGUUUUGCAUGGGCAGCGCUGGGUUAGUAACAAAUGUGUUUUAUUUAAAAAAUGGACCCUAUGAUGGUUCUGGAUGAACAGUUUGUGUUACAGUAUAAAUUGGAUUAGAUGUUAAUGUCUACACUUAAAGCUGUAGCAAUCAAUUAAAUAUUCAUUUAGAAAUUUCAACAAUUAACCUUAAAUCAAAUCUUGGCAUGAAACAAGAUAUAGAGCCAGAAGAACACCGACAUGAAUUUCUGUCACCUGUGAAAAAUGAGGCUUGAGUAAAGUGUCUCUGUAAUUAGUUGAAAAACUGCUGAGGAAUCACAAAUUGCACCAAAGCCAACUGAAGGGCAUGGUGGAGGCAUGAUGUUAGCAGGGUUUAUUAUAUCUCUGGGAAACUAAAGCAGAUUCAUGGGAAGAGCCACGAAGGACAGGGUAAAAAAAUUACAGUAAUUGUUAUUUUGUGAAAAAGGGCACAUCCUCUCACCACAGGCUGCCGUUUUUACUGGUUUACUUGGCUCAAUAGUUGACAGAUUGAUGCCAAACAUAACUGUGACUGAAAUGUGUUCAACAACCUUUUUAAAAUUCACACUGAGAGCCAAGUGAUCUCAACAUUAUCCUGUUGCCAUCUGACUGAACACUGUCAGUUUCACAUGGACUCACAUUUUGCUUCUCCUCUGUGUCAUCAUUAUUACCCUCCUCCUUUAAUGACAAACAAAACAAGAGAAAUGAAUGAUCUUAUUUUCUACCUAACAAUUUUUAGUGAGUAAAUCUUCAUUCAUUUCUACUCUGAUCCUACAUCUGCCAUUGAAUCUCACUGUGGAUUAACAACAGAGUCAUUCUGCUAUAGUUUAUAAUACAAUAGUUGUCUUGCUUGCUUUAAAUUGGCAUUAUUUCUGUUACUGAAGGAAUCAAUAGAAUUGCAUUUAAUUUGUUUUUAAAUACGCAUCUUCAGGUCAUAGUGGAUGAACAUUUUUUCCAUUUCACUCCACUUUAGAUAGUAAUAUGAGACCUACUUUUGAAAUAAUUACUGUAAUUUCUAUAUAAGUCUAAAAUAAGUUGGUGUUUUCUGUGGUUAUUUAUCUGCCUGUUACUGAUGUAGUUUCUGAUAUUUUUUCCUUUACUUUCACUCUUACACUUCUUUUUCUUCAUGGGUUUUAUUGUGUUUUUUUUACUGCACCACGUUCUGGACACCCUUUUAACUCCCAGUGUUUUGUUGACCUUUAAUAUUUGUAAAAGCUUCUGUCUGGUAGCUUCACAUGCUGCCUGUAAAUACCAGAGCUUGUAAGCUCUGCCAAGAUUCAGCGAUUGCCUUGGUGAUAUCAGACAACCAGUAAUCAAUUUAGGAAAAGAGACCAUUUAUCUUCCCUGAAGCUAUAAUUAAUCCCACUAAUAAGAGUGUGCUCAAUAUGCUACCCAUUGUGUAAAUAUCUUACAUACUGUGUAGGGGAAGAUCUGAUCACUAACCCAUGGAUGAGCUGGUGUUUCUGAUUUAUUGUAAAUCUAAUCUGUGCCUGAUUUUCAGGUCAAUGAGGGUUGAAAAUUAAAUCAAAUUAAUGUUUCUUUCCUUUCUUUUCUCUCAGCGCUACGUGUGUUUUACCAACCCAACAGAGGUUAAGCCUCCUGAAGACCUCCAAGAUCUUGGUGUUCGAUUUCUGCAGCCAUUCGUCAACCUGUUGUCCAAAGCCACCUACUGGUGGAUGAACACCUUCAUCACCUCUGCUCACAGACGACCCAUAGAUCUCAAAGUGAUCGGCAAACUGCCCAUUGCCACGAGAGCCCUCACCAACUACAUCAAAUUGCGUGGGGCUUUCGAAGACCAGAAGGUUAGUCCAGACCAUUUAUCGUUAUUACAUUGAGGUGAAUAGAAUGGGCCCGUUGUCUUGUGUUGAAUAAUCAGAACCAGAGUCAGCACACAAGGACGUGACAAGUGCACCAAGCUUACAGGCUUACCUCUAUUCAAUCAAUACAGGGUUCAGACUUUGAAUAUGAAACCAAAAAGGCCGACUGCUCUCCAGUCUGACAGCCACAAAAACAAUUUCCUACAAAUAUUUCAAGGAGAGAUUAAGAUGCAGAGACAGAUCUGGGAUCGUGUACCUGAAACCAGGAGCAAGAUCUCUUUCUUUCUUUCUUGCAUAAUUUGUGUGAAAUAAAAAAAUCAUGGAUGUACCAGACUCUAGAGUAGAUAACAGACUUAAGAAGCAUCACAGAUGAUCUGCAUGUUGGGAAAAAUCUGCAAAAAAUGAGUGAAACAAUGAGCUGUACUUCCUGUGAAUUUUAUCCUUAAUCAUAAGUUACGUGUUUGAUAAUUACAAAUCAACUAUCAGCGUGUCUUUUAUUAUUGGUUAUUUCAUGUAGACGUACUUGGGCGAAGUAGACUGUGAAACAAGCCAAAAAGUCACAUCUCCUUUUAAAUGUCAUGAUUAUCCCUGAGGGAUCAUCUUCAGUCUUUUCUCACAGACUCAUUGAAGGUCUGAAGUGUCUCUGUAAGAGUUCAGAGGAAAGCUUGUUCAUUUCUUAUGGCUUCACUUCACUUGAUACUGACCCCUUAUGUUAGUUUUGUUGUCUUCAAAAAAAAAACCUUGUUUAUUAAUGUCUGUGAGUCAGCUUGACAUGCAUGAAGUGAUCCGGGAAUCCUUUCGUUUCUCUUUGUACAGCUGUUCUCACAAAACGCUAAUCUCUGUCAUGCAAUGACUCAAUCUUUGCUGAAGACCAUAAACUGUGAUUGGUAAUGCCAGGGAUAAUAAGUCAACUCUGUAAAACAAAGAAAUAGAAGAAGAAGAAGAAUAGCAUGACUCUAUUGAUCCCCAAAGGGAAAUUCAAUAUCACAUGUUCACACCAAGAAAUCCUCUUGUUAAUUUAUGUUGCUCUUUUCUGUGGCUGCUGGUUUUGAUGAUGCAAAUAUAGUUUAUAUGACUGUUUUGUCUGUAUUGUGUUAGCUCAUGUCUGAGGGGUGUAUCAUAAAGCGAGAUUAUUUAAGCCAAGUCUGUGAUACACAGCUAGAUUUCCAAUAUUUUCCUGCAGGAUUCAUUUGUUUUGUUAACCGCAGCAGUAACAUCAGUGUUGUCUUCAUUAACUUUCAUAUAUUGAUCAUCUCUUCUCAUAUCAGUCAGACUGAUGCAGACAGUGAUUCUGUCUUUCACUGCAGAACUGCCAAAUGACAUGAACAAUACAUUUUUUUUCCAGAUUAGUUCUCACAGAAUCUAAAUAAGAAAGCCUGAGUUAAUGGUGUAAGUUCAUGUCUUGCUUGGAGACCUGUUUUCUUUACCUGGGGCUUCAGGUCUUGUUAAGCCAGUGUACUCACAGAAAGCCUGAGUUUGUUGAUCUUUUUAUGUAGUUCACUCCUGUUGUAUGUGGUCUUUAUGUCUUUCAGGUCUUUUGUUGCUGGGUCUAUUUUGAUUUUCUCUAGUUGUUUGUGGUGAAAUGGAAACUUUUCAGGGUUCCCGACCAUCCUAAGUUGCAUGUGGGAUUAGUCUAUCAAUCAGUAUAUUUGAGUGGUAAUGUGAAACCUCCUAAUUAGACUGACGUAAGCCCCUUAUUCUUCACCUUCAUUGCCAAUUUGCUUGACAAUGAAAUGGCGAAUUGAUUUUUAGCCACAACAGAUUUGAUUUGAAGCAGGAUUUGUUGUCAGGAUGGCACUGGAUAUGUGUGUGUGGGUAUUUGAUAGUGAAAAGAUCAGUGCUAUAUAAUGCAGAGCAGUUUUUCCUCAUCUGCUCUCAUGUUUGUAUAAUUAUCAACAUAUGGAGAAGGCUCUACAAACCUUAAUAACCGAUAUUUUGAAAAUGUAUUGUUUAAAAACGAAACUCUUUUUCUUAAGUAUCAACACUCCCACUUAGUGAGGGAGCCCUUGAAUUUCCCCAAAAUUAAGGGUGUUUCUUCUGAAAUGAUAAAAUGAUAAUCUGGAAAGUGUGUCAAAGACUCAAACAGCCUAAUGAAAAGGCUUUCCUCCCUUCUGUCUCUUUCCUCUCAGCUCUGGGAACGUCACAUAUGCCCUGAGGCACUUUUUUCCACUCUUAUUACUGCAGACAAAGCUGAGCCUGUGUCCUGAUUGUACGAUACUUUUUCAUCUUCCCUCUCUCCUCUUGCCUCUCUUUCACUUUGUCUCACUGUUGGAGCACGUGUCAGGGGUUAGGGAUGAAGGGCCUCCGCGGCAGGGUCACUGUUUUCCAGAGUAUCGAGGGUCACACAGAAUCGUCACUGCUGCUCCGUGUGCAUCCGGUGUGAACACAAACCUUGCUUCUUUCCGGUAGGAGCAAGGGAUUACAGAGAUUGAAGGAUCCCAGUGGAAGAGAGGAUGGGGGGUAGAGUACUUGGAGGAGAGCGUGGAGGCACUGGGUCAUUCCCUUUCUACUGUGAACGAGGUGACAUCCCGACCCCUGCGGGGGUGAAAGCACUGUACUUCAUGGGAAGCUAGUUUCACUCCUUCUUUCCUCUUGUUUGAACCCAAGGUGGACUAAAAGGAUGUGUGUUUGGUGUGUGUGUGUGAGCGUGUGUGGGUGUGAUUGUUUAUGUUUAUGUUUGUGUGUGACGUACUUCGUGACACAUGUUUUGGAUGAAGGCUGAGGUUCAGUUUGAGCUCAAAUGGAAAGAUGGAAACUCAUGAUAAUGGUCACGUCUCUUCUCACUGCUUUGUAAAGUGAGUCAGUCAUACACACGCCCGCAAACACACACAGGCUAACACACACUGCAUGAAAAUGUUUUAAGAGUGUUUGCUGCCCCGUGACGGACCAGAUGUAAGUCUUUGAUCACUGCUGACUGAUUCAAUGAACUAAGCAGUCUUUUUCAAUAACGUUAAUAAAACUCUGAUAUUAUAAAUAAUCAAUAAUAAAAAUUAGGAUCUCCUCCAAAGUGCUUUGUUCAUAGUUUUAACCCUUAAUGUGAACUUUAAUGCAGUUGUAAGUGCAUUAAAAACCCUGAUUCUGGUUUCACUUGCUUUUGAACGCUCACCCUCCUCAUCACUGUUGAGGUUCACUGCAUAUAAUAGAUUCACACAUUGCUAGUUCUUGAUGGUAUAUACUCUACUGUUAAACUGGCUACUAAUCAGUACAUCCCAUGAUGCAGCGGCAUCCUGGCAGGGAGGGUGGACACGCAGGGGUUGACCUCAUUCUGGAGGUUUCUGCUGCAGUGCAGGACUGACUCUUGAGUUAAGAGUAACAAUUCAGCUUUUUAUGUUUCUGUCAGCAGGCUGUAAUCUCUACCCUUGUUUCUGUUUGUCUGUAUUGUGCUGCAGGUUUGGCUCCUCAGAGAAACGCCUGUGGUGUUCUGAAUUCUUAAUGGAGACAUUUCCAGCAGAUUUACUCUUAUCUCAACAACAGUCAUGUUCAUCACACAAAUAAAACUACACAAAUGCGUCACACAGAGGGAGAGAGGGAGUCAUGUUGUUCUAAUUUAGAGUUUAAUUCUCUAAAUCCUUUGGAAAUCUUUUUAUCCAGCAGGUGAAAUUCUACAUCCAAAAAAAAGUUAAUGCUGAUAUGUCUCCUCUUCUACCCGCUUUCUCUUUGUUCUUCCUCAGAGGCCUCAGGGCACACUACCCCAGGGCCCAAAGUUAAUCUGGCAGGCAUUGAGGAAAGCAUUUGGCAGGCCUCUCAUCCUCAGCAUCACGUUCCGCUUCCUGGCAGACCUGCUGGGUUUUGCCGGUCCUCUCUGUAUCUCUGGCAUCGUGCACCACAUCAGCAAAGACAACCGCACCAUUCAGCCACCGGUGAGACUUCAUGACUGCCACACGCAGGACAGUAUAAAUCAAUCCACAUUUUAAUGAGAUACUUUCAUGUGAGGACAACAAACCUAACACGUGGCACAAAGUUUGAGAAAGGAAAUGGGCUUAGAGAAAAACUGAGGCGCACAUAUAAUCCCAUUAUUUGAUAAAUAAUCCCAUCAUACUUGUGUUGUUAGAGCAUAUGAUGCUCCAUUUGUCAAGGUUUACUAUCAAGACCGCCAGCACUCGAACUUUUUUUGUGCACUCCAACCCCUCUCUUCAUCUUCUUCAUCUUUCAAUCAGGGCAUUUUGUAAGGCUGCUCUGUAAUACUGACAUAAUUAAUGAGUUAUUUAAAAAAAUCCCUUAUACAGUAUGUGUGAAUAGUGAUAUGAGCCAUUCAGUUUAUUUUUGUUUUGUUGAAUGGGUGUGUAUGUGGCUUCAGGGUAUUUUAGCAGCCAGCCUCAAGUGGAUACAUGAGGAACUGCAGUUGAGAUAAAAAAGAUACAACAAAAACAAAAUGUUUUUUUAUUUUCAGGUGAUUUUAUGGCAACCUAAACAUGCUUACCAAUUCCAUUUUCUAUUUCUGCCAAGUUUGUUCUUCUAAAUACCACCAAGUACUAAAUACUACCUUUAAAUCUGUCUUAAAAUGUACACUCUUGAACUUUUUUCAUCAUAUCAAAGCAUCUGUAUUCACUGUUUAAGACCAUAAGAACUCAAUAUCAAUAAAUAUUAAAUAGUGACUAAUCACUUUAAGAAGCACCAAAAGUAAUUGUAAAGAGAAAAGAGUCCAGAGGUGUAUUUCAUUCAAGCUGUAGACUCAAGUGUCUCAGAUGCAGACAACACAAGGGAGUUUGAGUUAUCGGCUGAUACGGGAGUCCUGGGGAAAAUGAAAAAUUUUUCAAAGGGAAAUUCACAUCAUGUCAUGAUGGAGAUAAUGGAAAAAAAGACUACAGAGACCCGAGGCAAGGCGCCAGAUACAGACAGCCACAUAAGACACAAUAGGACGUCACAUGAUUGCUUCCUGCCACUCAAAGGUCACUCUAACAGUUUGACGAGAGCUUCAUAAUACCCUUUCUCCCAGGUGUCCCUCUUUGAUGGUGUACUAAUUUAAUCUUUAUCAAAUAUUCAUCAGACUUAUUGCUGCUGGAAGGUGACUCGGUUUCUUAGAUUUCACGCCAGCACACUGCCAAACCAGGCUCACAGUCAGACAGUCGCUCUGUAAGAAUUACUCCACAACUAUCUGUCUGAAAAGUCACAUCCGUGGGAAGUGGUAGAAUAUCACUAAUUAAUCUUGAACAACCAGUCAAAAAAAAUUCACCUCACAGUCAGUAGGUUGGUUCAGAGAAGAGAUUGAAAAUAAACCGAACCUAGCAGGAAGAUGUUCCUGCAAGUCAGGAUGGGUUUUUGUUUGGGAAGAAAAAUAGACAAGAGAUUUCAAGGAUGAGUGGAUGAGAAGCUGAGGCACAUUUCUAAUCAAUAAUUUGUAAUCCCCUGUGUAAAUGAUCUCUUUCUGAUGCAGAAUUAAUUAAUCUUUGUGGGAGAUGCUGUAUCACUCUGCUACAGCUGAACCAAACUCACACACACACUCCCACUCCACAUAUCAGCCAUGUGAAACACUCUGAGAGCUCCACUUCAGUUUAAUUGAGGUUCAUGAGUUACACUGGAUCAAUUUCAAUUAAGAGACUUUUUGAGUGAAGAACAGGAACCAUUUGAGUUGAAUUUCAUGACUGAUUGAAACUCUUCUAGUUGAAUCCAAUCCUGCAGAGUACAGCCUUUGUGACUGACCUUGCUGCCCUGCUCCUGCCUAACAAUUAUAAAUAACUCACCUCCCCACCUGUCUGUGCUUCCAGAUGAAGUUACUGGGGAUCUAUUUCAUUUCUUCCAAAGAGUUCCUGGAGAAUGCAUAUGUGCUGGCUGUGCUGCUUUUCUUUGCCCUGCUCCUGCAGAGGACCUUCCUGCAGGCAUCUUACUAUGUGGCCAUAGAAACAGGCAUCAACCUGCGCGGGGCCAUCCAGGUAGGACCAUCACACCUGUGACUGUGUCACUGAAUAAAGCUCAUUGAGGUAUUUCUAUUUAAAUGUGUCUGUCUUUCCCCUUCAGACAAAAAUAUACAACAAGAUCAUGCGCCUGUGCACCUCCAACUUGUCUAUGGGCGAGAUGACAGUUCCUCAGAUCUGCAAUCUGGUUGCCAUAGAUACCAACCAGCUCAUGUGGUUCUUCUUCCUCUGUCCUAACCUGUGGGCCAUGCCAGUUCAGGUAGGGAACAGGCCUGUCUCCUCUAUUUAAGCCGAACCACAUUUAUCAAUGGCAUAGUGGUGAAAUAGGAUUUCCAACGUUGAUAGCUAUGUGUUUAUUUUUAGUUUGGUAUCAGAUUUGAUUCCCUGAUGACAGUACUCCAUCAGUAUAUCAUACAAUACAGGGCUGUAUCCUGCCAACUGAGCAAUAGAUGGCUAUUAGACGUCAAGUACUUUUUUUAGACCUAAUUUCAACUGUCCAGAUUCUGUAUAUUUUUAGAUGGAAUUUGCACUUUAACCCAUUAUUCGAUAACUAUUUAUUUCAAAAAGCAACAGUGAAUUGCAUAACUGACCCCCAAGUAUUUAACCAAAAUAAUUAUGAUAGCUGUUGAGCCAUAUGCAGUGUAGUAUAGAUAUAGCCCAGAUUUAGAUUUAGUCUAGACUUGUUCUAAAUUUAGACAUCUAAAAUCUUUCAUUUUUAGAUCUGUGGUAGCCUGAUUUUAGACCAGUCAUCUUGGCUACAUUUAGACAUCUAUUAGUCCUCUUUUAGACCAAAAAAAUGCUCAGUGAGUGUUAUCAAGUAAAUUUGCGUUUCUUUAUUAAAUCUGUGAUACAGGAGCCAAUAUGGGUUUCUACAUACAGUUAAUAGCGUCAGAAUAUUUUAGGUAGAUUCAGUCAACGUGUUUGUGUUCUUGUGUUUACUGAAGGAGGGGAAUCCAUGUGUUCAUGCUCAGAAACUGUGACAUUCAACAGAAAAUAACUCAAGCAUCCCAUGACCUGUGAUGACCAGUCAAGGUUCUAACAGUAACUUAUGUGAGAUAUCUGUUAACUUACCCACAGCUGCUACAGUAACUAAAUACAUAGGCUACAUGUCUCGGCCACAUCCCCUAUAAGCAGCGACUUAAAAUAACACUAUACUCUCACUGUGUUACUAUGUUUUCCAUUGUGCAACUUUGUGCUGGCUUUUUGCCAUUUUGAUGCGCUGUAGUCAUGCCAGAAACAUAAGCAGAGAUGUGAUGACUGAAAUGGAGUGUCAGGUGUUGUAAGCCCAGUGAGAGGUCGAACGAUUUACUGCUUAUGGGUGCAGUCGGCUGUAAGACUGUGACUGACCUGCUUGAUGGUUCUGUUCUAUAAUUAGAUAGAUCGUUUAUUUCAUGUCACUCACUGCUGUUCAAUAACUAGAUGAAUUCAUUUACAACAACCCCAGGUGAAGUUGGAGUUGAAAAAACAUCUUGGCUACAUCUCCUCACUCUGCUGCUCUACUCAAGAUAUUUGUUGAUCAUGUUCACCAGACUAUUUAUGUUUUUCCCCCUGGCCUCUUUGUAUUCAUCAUUGUUAUUGCCACAUUUGUAUUUAUCUGCUGCUAAUAUUUUUCCAUUAACUCACCCUGCAUGCCUGAUGUGGCGCAUGGAUAUCAAAAGGAACAACAACUUUAUAUACAAUAGAUGAUAAUUUUCAUUGUGCAACAUUUAACUCCAAAUGAAAGGAGUUGAAUUCAUAAGUAAAGGAAAACAACUGAUUUAAAAGGAACACACAGACAGGGUUGCAUCUUAUGGGUGUAGUGUGAUCAACCUGCACUUUUCAGAGGUCUGGGCUAGAUCAGUACUCUCUAUCUGUCUCCCCCUCUCUGCUCCAAACUGUUAAAUGAAUCCCUGGAGUGUUACUUUUACUGCCUCCAGCCUGGACGGGAUGCGUCAUGAGAAUUCAAAAACCGUAGUUUUCUCUUGCUCUUUAUAUGUGAUGCUAUUUAUGAUUCAGAUGGUUUUAUAAAUGAGAAGCAAUUGUUCUAAAUGUUUGUUACUCCACCUGUAGUUUCUCUUUAGUGAAAUGACAGAAUGUCUACUGUGAAAAAGGUUUUCCAUUAUACAUCCGAGGUUCUGUAGACUUAAGCUUAAGCAAAUUCACCCAGUGUUCUCAACUGGCUUGUAAAGCUUGUCAUGUCAAGCUGUUGAAAUUAAUCUGGAAAUAAAUGGUUUUAAGCUGCUGAAGAGUUCUUAAGUGAAUAAGAUAAUCAUUAAGCAUAAAUUUAAGUCCAACUCAAAUAUAAAAAUAAAAGACAUUCAAUAAAAAUGAAAAGAUAUAACACUUAUACUCUUUUCAGAAACUGAAAUGCCGUGGUGACCCUGGAUGCCCCCCCCCCCCCAAAAAAAAAUAAAAAAAAAAUAAAAAAAAAAUAAAAAAUAAAUAAAUAAAUAAAAAUAAAUAAAUAAAUAAUAAUAAUAAUAAUAAUAAUAAGAAAUAAAAUCUGAUAACUGCAGGUGGUUUGGAGCACUGCCGGUAGAGUGGAAUAAAUCAGUACAGUUCUGAGGUUUUCACACUGGCUUCCUGUCUGUCAGUGAGAAUUUAUGCUGCUAUCAGUUAAUGAGCCGUUGAGUAGUUAGGGGCCAAAAAUACAGAAAAACAAGUAGUAUCUGCCGGUACACCAUGAACCAUGCAGACUUCUCAUCUGGGAUGAGUCUUCUUCUUUCUGUCAGAGUCAGGACCAAACAAGGAGAAGCAGAAUUCAGUUUUAUGCUCCACAUAUCAGGAACAAGCCCCUCAAAAGCUUCAGAAAACUCUUUUAAGCCAAGUCUGUAGACUCAUGUCUUCACAGCUGCCUUUUAUUGAAGUAUUUUAAACUAAAUCAUUAAACGUCCUCAUUACACACUGCACUGUGAUUGUCGUACUCUAUUUAAGCUGGCUAUCUAUUUGAAGAAACAGGCUGCAGAUUCAGAAAUAAUUUUAUCUCUUAAACCCUAACAAAAAAAUCAGUACAAAUGAGUUAACACAAAAGCUACAAAAAUAGAAGGGCCUGUUUCCACCACCCACAAAUGAAAAGCAACUGAUUACUUCUAUUAUUAUCUAUUAUUCAUAUAUGUUAAUGUGUUUGUGCUUGUUGAAGCAUUUGUUUUGCAUGCAAUACACUUCUGGUGAUGUGUUGUUUUGGGUUAAUUUCAAAUGGAAAUUGUUACUGCUGUUAUGACGUCUUUGCACUCUUCCCUCAUAUUGUUUUAUAGGGCUACACUACAUUGACUGUCAAGUGUACUUAAUCUGUAUGUGGAGGCAAAAAGAUGUCAAUCAAAACAUGAUUUGCCACUUCCACACAAAUGAUAAUUGCCAUCAAAUGAUUAUUUUCACUCAGAUGUUUCUGGAGGCUUUUCGUACAAGUAACAUUCUGAGUAAAUACUGCAGGUAGUGUGGUUUUGGACUUUUGUUCCUCUAGGAAAUCAGUAAAUGUUGGCUACACAGAGAACCUCUUAAAGGUCACUUUCAGACCGAAUUGGCCUCCUGAAGUAGAGUGAUAAUUGCACUUAUAGCUGCUGUCUGAGGCUGUUGGCUUUUAACAUUUCACACUUUGAUCUGGUGAGAAAAAGAAGAACAUUGUGCAAGGAAUUGUGUGGCUCUACGACUGUAAUUUGGUGUCAUUUUUGCCAGAUACUACAGUUAUAUGGCAUCAUACAUAAAAGGCAGCAGAUGUUUAAGAGUGCCUCUUUUUAUGGUGUUAUUACAAAGGCACAGUUUCCCCCUUCACCCACCUCAUCCCUAGUGGCACACAUUUUCCUGUAACAGAUGAAGGAGACGGUGUGUGAGUGUGAAGUGUCACAUCCAUCUCCAUCUGGUUGUAUGUGUCGUGGGGAUACCAGAAUCCAGCGUGCUGCUUUCAGCAAGAUGCCAAAGACAGUUGGAGGCUUAAGAAGAGCCAAGCACAGGUGGAAACAUGACUCAUGUCUGUGAACAAGGAGAGGGAGAGAAACUCACUUUUUAUACAAUAUUUUUUAUUGAACAUUAGAAGUGAAAAUACACUACCUGAGAACAAUUUAACAAAUAUUAAUGUGCAUACAAUACAGCACACAUGCACAGUGAAGUGACACCAAAUACCAAGCAAAUCUAUUCUGUAGAUAACAAACUAUAAAUAUGCAAAAUUUUACAUUUAUGUUUACAUAUACCUAUACUUAUUUACUUUUGCCAUCUAUAAUGAGGAUUUCAGGAUUCUUAUUCUUGCAUGUUAUUUCUUUUUAUAUAUGUUCCCCCAAGGUCACUACUUCCCACAAAGCAUUGCACUAUAGUAACGGGGUUUUUUAUAACGUAUGUAGGGAAGCUUUGAAUAACUGACGACUAUCUCCUUCUAAGUACUUCUCCUUUGUGUGUACGCAAUAAUAAUAAUAUCCUCGUGUCUUUCUCUCUGUCUUUGACUUUCAGAUAAUUGUAGGAGUGAUCCUGCUCUACUACCUCCUGGGAAUUAGUGCCUUGAUUGGAGCGACCGUUAUCGCUGUGUUAGCUCCAGUACAAUACUUUGUGGCCACAAAGCUGUCUCAAACACAAAAGAGCACUCUGGUAAGUAUUUCUAAUAGACUCUGUCAGCGAUGCCGUGCUGUUGUGAGUGUUUUUGAAUCUAUUUUUAGCACACUGUCCUUUUAUAUCUGAGGUUCACAAGGGCUAAGCUGCAUAUAAAAAAAUCUGUCAUAUGUCUCCUCUGGUAGCUUGUUACAGUAAAUUCAUCAAGUAAAGGCUGAUAAAUGGUCUCGAUUCCAUUUAUUGAAUUUUUCAUACAAUGCAGAAUUAAACUGAUGGUGAAAAAGGUGCAAAGAGCACAAAACUUUCAGUCUAGAAAUAAUGAAAAUACAGACCUGGGUCAAAUGUAUUACUUUUGUUUUCUGUGUCUGAGUUCUCCAGUGCUGAAUUUGCUAAACUCUACAUGGUCUUUUGUUCUUAGGUUGAUUUUUUAGGUCUGCUGCUUUGGUCAAGGCUGCAAUAUUUAAAACAAUUUCAGAUGGGUAGGCACCAGAUAUGAGAUUAACUUCUUCAAGGCGGAAUGCAUACCAUUUUACCGUAGCUCCAAUGUAGGGUGACGUUCAUGUUUCAAAGCGAUAUGUCUGUUGGAUCAAUGCCAGGCCAUUUGCUGCAGACACACAAGAUCUGUGUAGACUCGAAUAGUCCCUGACUUUUUUUUCUAGAAAUCUCCUCAGGUCAGAACUUCAAUUUUCCUUGUACUCUGGUUUACUGCAUUCAUUAUCACAGCCUGUCAGAGCUGCCGGCUUAAGGCUCUCUAUUCUGUUCAAACUGCUUUUGAGGAAUUUAGUAUUCGAAUACAUCACAGAGCAGCUGAAAGCAGAGGCAAGUUUUUCACGAAUUCCUGCUUAGAAAUUUGCCUCCCUGAUGAUUCCUACCGCUUUAUUCAGUAAAACCAGUCAUGUAAUAUCAUGAUAGUGUCUGUAAUACUAUGGCCCUGAUGUUAUGUGUGAAGAAAAACAUCUUACUUUGAUGGUACAUACUGUAUAUGUUUAUUUUUGAAAAUGAAACCCAAGAAAAAGAGAAAAUCAUGGCACUCAUGUUGUCCUCUGGAUGCUCCUCAUUUUAGUGUAUCUGCCCUUGAUUUGUCCGAUGUUUUCCUUUCACCUUUCAGGAGUACUCUAGCGAACGCCUAAAGAAGACAAAUGAGCUGCUGCGAGGCAUUAAGCUGCUGAAGCUGUAUGCUUGGGAAAACAUCUUCUGUGACAGUGUGGAGGAGACAAGAGACAAAGAGCUUACCAGCCUGCAGGCCUUCGCUCUCUACACAUCCAUAUCCAGUGAGAUACCACUGUUUCCUCUGCACACACUCCACUUUCCCUCCAUUUGAACUUCAUGUAUUUCAUCUGUUAAAAGAUGUAGAUUAAAAUAACAGGAAGAAGAAAAAAAGUCAUGUUAUAGGCAUAGCUUACAUGAGCCACAGACUGUCCUCCUUAUCUUUCUAAUCACUGACAUAUAAACAAUGUCAGCAGUCUGCAUGGCUACUGUCCAUGUAAUAGGCAAUAUCCUAUCCAAAAUCAACAGCAGCUGUAAGCUAUCUAAGUUUACAUCUUUUGUAAUAGAACUGAAUGUUUUAUGAAAGUCGUGCAAGUCGAGCAUUAAAUCAGUGUGAGGGCCACACCACACUGUCGCUGCAGUGACAAUCAUGACACCUUCACUUUUUUUCCAAGAUGUUUCAUGAAAUUUCAAACUUAUUGCAUGAAUGUCGUGAAAAAUAAAAGGUAAAGAAAAGACUCAGAGACAGGGUGCUGUGGUAACCACACAUGAGGACAGCUGGUUCAACUGCACACUCUCGCCAUCUUUAAGUCUCUGUAGUUAUUUUUUUUAGAAACUUCUGAGUUUCCAAAACUUAAAACUCUGUGGAGACAAAGAGUUGAAGAUCUAGUUUUCAGGUUAAAUAGCAUAUCUGUAGGCUGACAAGGACAAACUGCUGCUGCUUUAGAAUAAAUGGUAGAUAACGAAAGACCCAAAACAGUUUGUCCCUUCUUUGCACUGGUCCUUUGUUAUCAGUAAAGUCUUUUUUUCUUCCAUUUACAGUUUUCAUGAAUGCAGCUAUUCCCAUUGCAGCUGUUUUGACGGUGAGUUUUUACUCCAAAAAUACCUGUUCCACCAAGUGUGAAUGAUUUAAAAUGUUCUGCUCUGGAUGGAUAUUUUUAUGGUCAUGUCCAGUUAUAAAUGGAGACAAGAAAUGUUUAGCAGGUCACUGUCAGAUGUCAGACAGAUUUCACAGUGACUCUGUCUGACAGAUCCGCACUAAAUCCUUCCUGUAUUUAUAGAAGUCCUUCAUAGUCGUAGACCUGAGUGGUGCAGACAGAUACCAAGGAGAGAGACGGUUAUAAAUUACAGAUGUAGACAAGUGAUUUAUCUUUGAUUUUAUUCCAUCACAGGUAAACAGGAAAAUGACUUCUACUGCUUUUCAAUGAUAGAUUACCUUGAAAAACUCGACAGAGACUCAGCCAAUCAAAAGUUACAUGGUCACAGGAUGUACAAACUUCAAAAUCUGAUCUCCCUUCCUCUCUCUCUGUUCUUGCAGACGUUUGUCGUGCAUGUUCACAUCUCUGAGGACGCGGAUCUGUCGCCAGCUGUGGCCUUUGCCUCGCUGUCCCUCUUCCACAUCCUGGUCACCCCCCUCUUCCUGCUCUCCAGCGUGGUUCGCUCAACUGUCAAGGCCCUGGUUAGGUAAGAAACUUGAAACGCAUUUUAAGACUCAGGUGCAGAUUCAUGCACAUUAUUCGUGAAUGGUUUUGAACUAUUUCUUCUCCAGUCAUGAAUUCUGGUCAUGUCUUGUUAAUUUGUGGGGGUGUAUCUAUAAGUAGUAAAGCUUAAGAAAUUCAAAAAGAAAACAACAGACAGCAAGCUGAGUGGCAAAAAAAAAAACAACGCGGGAAGAUAAAACACUCGACCUUUUCCUGUAGUUGAUGGAUGAGCUACUGCAUUAUUGGACAAACCUUUAUUGAAGCAGAAAAUUCUCACCCUCUCUGCAUUUUAGCACUCUUCUCACUGACACUGAAAUGCUGAACAUCCAUUUCUCCCAUCAGUUUUUCAGCGAGUUUGUCCUACUUAAAAAAAAAUGCUUUUUCAGUAAACUCAGUCAUCGAGUUAAUACACAGUUUACGGGUUUACUUCCACUAUUUUUUUCAGAGUCAUUUAGGGUAAUAAGGAUCAAAACAAGCAGGGGGCUGUGCUCUGCUGCACGGGGUGUCUUUGUAUUCAUCAGGUUUAUCACAAGUGUCACAGCUUGCAUAAAAACCAGGAGCACUUGCGAAAAUGGGCAUGCUGCAUGCAGAUGAUUUAAUAAAAGGCCGGUUCCUCUGAGGAAAUAAAAUUACAAACACAGCACGCGGAGAGAUAAAUUUAACUUCAAUAUUGAAGAGAAGAACAUUAAGGGGUUCACUAAGGUGGAAAGAGACCAUUACCAUUACUGUGAAAAACAAACUUUCUUUUCAAACUGACGUAAAAUUAAAAUGCUCAAAGUAAGAAAUCUCUUCACCAAGAUUAUACGCAUUAUUGAGUGUUUAUAUCAUUAGCACUUGUUCAAUUAAAAGUGUUUCCUGUGGAUGUUGGUGUCGCAGAGGUCUCUUUUGUAACAAUUCAGGCGGUGUGAGCUUGUCACUUUCAAUCCAUCAUCUCCAGCUUCACCGCUUGAAAUAAACCACAGGAGAAGAGUGUUAAGGUUCAAGGUGAUGAAUCUGCUACUGGAGUUGCGUAAUAUCACACCUAAUAUAUUUUCUAUACAGGCUAUGACAGGGGGCCAGCCUUUACAGCUGUUGUGCUGUAACAAAGGAGGCUUUCUUUCCUGUAUGCAGAAGCUGCUGCUGGUCCUCUGAGGUGUCUAUUUUUGGACUGACUGACUUGACACACUUUGUCUGACACACACUCACAAAAAUUACCUCACAGCUUGGGUUCAGCACAUCAGUUUAUCCUCACAAAGAGAGGCUAACAAUGUUGUAAAUGCAGAGUCAUUGUACAACUAUUUUCUCCUGCAGGAGCAUCAGUUAUUCCCCCUGCAGACCUAAAAAUCUUGAUGAUAUUUACUUAUUUCUGUGCUUUUACUCAGUCAUGAUGAUGUCUAAAUACAGAUCUACUUCAUGUUGAUGUCAUUGUUGCAGCAUCUCCACUCUUGCAGGAAAUAUUGUCUCAUCUGCAGACUGAUUGUCAUUAAGAGUCGUACCUACAGUAUGAAUAAAUGAAUAGAUGAAGAAAAAGGAACAGGGUGUGAGGAUUUCACAAGAUCAGCAAAGAUUUUUAGAGAAAGCCCUUCUUUCAUACAGGUUUUGUUACACUGAACAUACAAUGUGAUGCUGUUAAAAAGAAGGUGAGGUUAUUGUCAACUUCACUGGUUAAAUAACUGAAUCAUCUUUCCAUGGUCUAUUAUACAUAUUUAAUCUGAAUUUCCAUCUUAAGUAACUUUCUAUCUUUGACUUUCUCUCUUCAGUGUUCAGAAGCUGAGCGAGUUUUUCUCCAGUGAUGAGAUCGGAGAGGAACAAGAGAUGAAAGCAACAUUAACCCCUGGCUCCAGCAAUCACAACCAAAAUAAAUAUCAGGCUGUGGUGAGUUUCUGAGUCCUCCCUAUCUUCUAACCUGCUCAGCAGUGAAUUUUUCCUUCUGUCUCCCUUGCUGGUCGAUCCAGCCUGUCUGACUCUGCUGUGAAUGUUGUUGUCUUCCUUCACCUGAUCCUCUUCUUCCUGUUAAAUAUCACCUCUCAUCUCUCUGUCGUCUGUGCUGAAUGUUAUACAACCAUCCUCCAGUCAUCCUCUAAACCUUUCCCUUCGUCCUCCUCCUCCUCUUUGUUCCAACACUUCCAGCCCCUGAAGGUGGUGAACCGGAAGCGCCCCCCGAAGGACGACUGGAAUAACUACGGCUCACAAAGGGACCACGAGGGUGAUGGACCCUCACAGGAUGUGGACGAGGACAUCUGUAUCAAGGUGAGAGACUGGAGGUUAUAACCCAGGCUGUUUAGAUACCAUCUGGCCCUGUUGGUUCACACAGGUGCAGUUUGUCUGUCCGUCUGGUUCUGCACUUCACUUGGAUGCUGUUUCUCCCCUGUUACACCUCUGUUGUUUCCUCUGGUACUGACUCAGCAGCAGAAUAACUUGGCCCCACCACACUGCCUCCAUACUUUUUUACAUGUGCAGCAAAGUGUGACAGAAUCAGGUCUUGAACUGAAUUUGCAGAGGGGCUUAAGCUGCUAUCAAUGAUGUGUUUGGAGUGGGAAUAAGCAGAGGGAAACAGCCCUAUAUUGUGGGUUUUAGCAACUUAAUGUCUCAACUUUCUUUAACUUAUACCACCUGUGAACACUGACUAAAGUUACAGUCUUUUAUCUUAAAUUUGACUUUAGCUAAAAAAUCUAAAUUCUGUUCCUGAUUGGGUUUAAAGUCUGACAUGACCAAGCUACGCUCCCACUUCAAGAGUUUGUUAAGAGAAACUGUAGUAGAUCAACCAGAGCAGGCCUCAGCGGUGACUGCGUUGUACCAUUUCGAAAAAGCGCCUUCGGUCAAGCAGCGUUCUCAUUUCGUGCAUCCCAGACCUGGAACCAAACACCAAGCUCAAUACGUGAACUACCAACUCUGACCUCCUUCUCCAAACAACUCAGAGCAUGGUUGUUGGAAAACCAGGCCUGUGAUCACAACCAUGUUUAAUUUUGUAUGUAUGUCUAAUAGGGUCAGUAUGUUGGGGCGUCAUCCAAAACUGCCCACUGUUGUAUACAGAAAUACAUCAAUGUAUUUCAUUUUUAUUAAUUACAUAAAACAUUUAUGUAUGCUUUCUUAGUGCAAUACCUACUUGCACAUCUGCCAUGGGCAUUGUGCAAUAUUCAUUAAAUCUGGCACUUUAUAAUCCUGGGCAGUAGGGUAAUGUGUAAUACAACAGGCUCUUUUUUCUUUUUUUUCUAUGCAAUAUUGGGCAAUGUGCAAUAUAAUGGGGACCUGAGCUCCCAGGCAGCUAGUGCUGUGCACUUCAGCACUUGGCACUUUAACACUAUGGCACUUUAGUAAGCACUCCAGCACUUUAUGAUUCAGUGUGUGGUCCCCCAACUCUCAGCCUAUUUUUGUUUUUGUUUUGUAUGUCAUCUAUAUUGUUGCCGAUAUGCUCUGUGUGUUUCAUAUAUUGACACCAACCUGCUAAUGGGACUGGGGAUGGAAAUUAGCCGCUUGGCUAUAAUCCCCUGUCAAUGUCCUUUAAAGCAUUUUGUCCCACUAAAAAAAAAAUCCUAAAUCCUAAAGUUAUUUGAUCACAGCUCUUACCUCAGCUCAGAGUCCCACUCUCACCUCAGUCAUGCAUGCAGCAACUCCUGAGUAGGAUUUUGAUGGAUUAACUUCUGUGAGGAGCAAUUAAAGGGGGUAUAAUUGAAAAGUAGCUCCACAAUCCGAGAAGGUCUUAAAAGGUAACACCGACAUCGUUCAAAUUUUAGAUGAAAAGAAGUGAAAUCUUAAUGAGGAGCUUCAAUGAGGAUGUUUUGUGCAGUUUGAAAUGACUCUCAGUUUCAUCAUCACAGCACAGCCUGAAUAUGAUACCCAAUAUUAAGAUGACAAAUCACCACAAUUUCACUAAACACAGGCGAUAGAAUUGAAUGAUCGUAUUUGUGAACAACAGUUUUCAAAAUUGCACUUUCUUGCCUUGGACGGGGGCGUCUAACAUUUAUUAAACAUAUGCAGGAUGCUGGUGAUUGGAUUUCCAAGAAAUGUAGGAAAAUUACAGUAUAUCUGUUGCUCUGGAGAGUUUCUGUCAGCAGUGAUUUGGCCGUUAAAUUAAAUCUGUGAGUCACACUGCAAAUAUAAAGCAGCAGUUUCCUCUUUCCUCCCUGCAUAAAGAGAUUAAAAAUCUCAUCACAUUUGCUUCUUAUUGCCUCACUGCCACUCUGCUGUUUCCUAUUGAUGGCAUGUAAACGUAAUUCAUUUUGAACCUCCUGUAAGGGUCUGUAAUGUGUUUUCAACAGAUAACAAGUGGUUAUUUCACCUGGACUGAUGGACCACCGACACUUUCAAAUGUGGACAUUAAGAUUCCUUUUGGUAAGCAGCAGGCAACAUGAGGCACAAUUCUAAUCUUCAGUUCCUAUUUCCUGUCUUAUUCCAUACCGAGUGACUGACUCUCUCUUGCCAAACCUCUCAGGGAAGCUGACGAUGAUCGUGGGCCAGGUGGGAUGUGGGAAGUCGUCUCUGUUGCUGGCAGCUCUGGGAGAGAUGCAGAGAGUGUCAGGGACAGUCGCCUGGAACAGGUACGUUUCAGCUGAUGAAAAAACGAAGUGCUCAGCAGCACUUGGGUUAAGCUUCGGUCAGGUUUGAAAAGCAUAGUUAAAUAAGAAGAAAAAGGUCCUCUGUGAAAAUUGUUACCCUCUUAACAUCGGGGAGCUGGAUGGGUUUAAAGGCAGGAGGCUGAUUACCGUUUGUCCUUUUGGUAAGCUUUUUUGCUUAAGUGGCUCUUGUGCCGAAACCAAUUACUGAAUAAUCCAUAAAAGGGUUUUCUAUCAAAGGCACUGGCUUCAUCUGUGCAGAUUUACUACAUCUUCUCCCAUUGAGCAGUAACAAGCAAAAUGACACAUGUCCCCCUAUGUUAUAAAGAUCACGCUUAAAAUGCAAUUCAGUCCAGAGGUGAAAGGUUAAUGUCAACAGAGCCUGACCUCUCGAGUCAAUACUUGUCUUUAAUAGCACAUUUACACAACCUCCCUGGGGAUUGGUCUGUCAGGGACAUCUUUUCAUCUUUCUGUCAUAAAUUCUGCAUCUCUGACAAGCGACGUAAUAAGCAUCACAAUCCCACCACUUGCUCCGCCAUGGCAAUUUCAUAAAUGGAUUUGUGGGUCAGUGAAAUCGAGCUGAGAUUGCAGCUUUUAUUCUUUGUAGCUCAUGCAGUAUAAGGGAGCCUUUAAUGCACCACUGACCUGAAAUGAGUCACAAAGAUGGGGGAAUGUCCCAUCAGAUCAGCUCUGGCUGUAGGCUAAGAACCAAAGUGUGCGAAUGACUCCUGCUUACGCUCUGCACGCAUUGACGAACAUCUCAUUUCCUGAAAAUUUUGCUCCUGAUUGAACUUUCGGUACGUUUGGUCACCCUGAAGAAAAUGCUUUGUUGAAUGAGUGAUUCAGACCUUUUCAGUGAAUGAGGACAUGUUUUUCAGGAAGUGGGAGAUGCUGUGAGUUUAAGACCCACUCUGAUCGUUUUUUACUACUUAAAAGUGUUCUCAGUAAAUUGUGAUUAUUACAUUUUUUUUCCCAAAAAAAUCACGUUGCCUGAGUCAUUUUCAAGGGCUUUUCUUCUGCAGAGCUCCAGUAGAUUAUUAGCAAUUUGCCUCUGAGUCGUGGGCAGAAACAGUGCUGUGACAGCUCUGCACACUUCUCUUCACAUUAACUUGCAGCCUUGUCAGUGUAGUAGGAGAAGCAGGUAACAUAGGAGCUAUUCAGCUCUUGGACACUAAUGUCUUUAGGGGCAUGAAAGGAUUAUGCCAUGAUCCUUUCAACUAAGGAUUUAGGCCAUUGCACCAGAGAUGGCCAGCAUUAUCAAGAUAUGAUUUAGGCCAAAAACUUAUUUUCAUCAAAAAAUGACUGAGGCCAUUAUUGUAAUAGGGUGACGAUAUGCAGCGUGUGACUUGCACAGCAGGGCUCUGGGGGCGGAGCUUGGAUUGGUUACAUAUGAAAUCUCACUGUUUCUGAACCUGCCGUUUGGGUCUGCCAAGAGAUUCGCAGCAAUUUGAAUAAAGAAAUAUUCAGAAAUGCAAUAUCGCAUUUGGCCUUCUCAUGAUAUGUCCUGUAGCAUCAGAAAAAGGCCACAUGAACAAAUAAAAAACAAGAAAAACAUUGGAGUGGGCCCAAAUAUAAAGUAGGUCCCCUUUUAUUCAUUAUUUUUUGGUUAAUUGAUAAAAAGUUUACAAUCUUUUCACUGCUUAGUUAGAAAACUGUUGUCCAGAAAUAUGUGGUAAAACAAUAUAUAAGAACUGCGCACCAAAAACACUAACUGAAUCAGAUUUCCAAUCAAUUAGUCUCACGUAAGAUUUUUGAGUUCAUAUUUGUGCCUUGCUAAAUGUUAAGUGUGUUAGUUUGGGUGCAUUUCAUGAGUGUGUUUCUAUUUGUGUGGACUGUUGCUCUAAAUAAUGUCUCUGCUCCAGUGGGUUUGUGUUCAGUUUUUGUGACAGCAGUCUUACAAAACUGGGUCUUCGUGUUUUGACUGAGUGUCUGCUUUCAUUUGAUUUGUAACCUCCUGAGUCUGUCUGAAAAAGUCCUGAACUUGCUGUAAAGAAGGUAAAUGGCCAGUUACAAGUCAGCGCAGGAGUAAAGCCUGUGUGGGUCUGUAAAAGAAAAGCACACCUGAGGUGGCAUUAUAGACAACCCACUUGGGGAAUUCUGGGAGAUCAUAGCAUCUCUACACCUGCUACACACUGCUUUCAGUUUCUUUUUGUGGACAAAGUUUUACAGCUGCACAGGGAUGAAAGUUUUACCCCAGGGGGUGGAUGUCUGCAUUUUUUGAGUUUUGAGGAGCAUGUGCGACAGCCUAAACAGAUUAUGAGGAAGCAGAAUCAAAUCACUCAGACAGCAGAGGGUUAAUGAGACCAGUGUGUUUCUGAUGGGCAAAAACAUUGUGACUAAUCAGAGGAGUGUGCUGAGUGUUCAUCAGAUUCAUGAAGGCGUGCUUGUUGACCUGUUUGACGGUGAUUAGCGGCUUUGUUAAUCACCGGUUACUGAUCAGCUGAUUGGUGGGGUAAGAGAGUAGAGUAAAACAAAGAAGUAAAACUCACUCUUUUUCUGUCAUGAAAGUUUUUUUUAUUUUUUUAUUACAAAGACACAGACUAAUAUUGGUCUGUUUGAACUGACAGGACAGGGGGCUGCAGCAGCUGAGAUUUGAAUCCAUCAAAUCCAGACACUGUUUUUCUGUUCAAACUGAUCGGUCUUUGAUUUCAGCGUCUGUCAUAGAAAUUUUUUAAAAAAAGGAGUAAAAAAAAAAAAAAAUUACCAUUAGCGUUUGGUCAAGUUCAAGAGAAUAUCGUUAAUGGAAAAUGUUUAUAACUUCUUUGGUUUAAUGCUGUUCAGCUGAAACAUUAACUCAGAAGUAAGUUUAAUUAUUAUGCUAGCUGUUAUCAAAUGAUGGUGUUAAGCCAGUUCAUUUGCCUUUCCUGUCAUAUUUAAGUGUGCAGUUUUUAUUCAUUGUACUGGUAGUAACAAAAAUGAUCUAGAGAUACUUGACAAAAAGGGCAGAUCUACACUAAACUCUUUAAUACAGUAUUUACAAAGACUCAACACAGAUCCACCAUGAGCAAAUCAGCACAAUGGCAAGUAAAUUUUAACUUUCAACAGGUAGAAACCCUGAGCAGGACCAGAAUUAUUGAUAAGGUGCUAUCUGCUGCAAAUGAUUGGGCUGAGCUAGUGGGAUAAAGGAGGAGACAAAAAGUGAGCGAUGUUGGCGGGGUUGGCUUGAGUGCUCUGUGAUAACUACUAUCCUGACUUAAGUCUCUUACUUUCCAAAACACGAUUUUACCCCACUGCUUAUCUGCAUGUCUGCUGAUCAUUUGAAAUGAUAAGGAUUUGUUAGAGUCCGUAUCUUGAAAAGACUUGCAGUUUUGAACACGGCAGUACAACGUUAUCCCUCUGAUCACUUCAGACUCCCACCCUGUCCUUUACCUCAGGGGACAAUGACCAGCCUGUGAAUAAAAUGAUUCUUUGUUGACAAAAAGAGGGACAUCAUCAAACAUCAUCAGGCGUGGUCAUCCUAGUAAACAUGCUCCAUUAGAGGCCGAUAUCAUUAGAGGGACUCCAGGCUUUAAUCAUGCAUAAUUAAAUUGAUUAGAGGAAAUCGUGGUAAGUUCCUUUGUAGCUUUGAUGACACUAUUUGAGCUUCAUUCUGCAGACAGAAACUGUUUGUUACCAGACAUUCACGAAUUUUCUUCCCGCACGACCUUGAGUACUUCAAAGUCGUCAUCAGUGUGAAGUAGCCCUCGACUCUUGAGUCAGAGAUAAAUGCUGCAGCCAUCAAGUCCAGCCUGAUUACCCUGCAUUUAGUAACCGCUGCAGGACAAUCAGCUGAAGUCUGAUUGGUCAUCCCCCAACGAGGAAACUUGGUCAAAUUUAAUGCUCAUUAUUGUAGAGAAAAAUGUCAAAUCUAAAUAUAUUUUAAAUAAUAAUAUAAUAAUAUAAGUUUUAAAUAAACUUCAAAAACAAACACAACACUCCUUUUAGAGUCUUUUUGUGGCUGUCUAAAGAUUUAAUUUGAGCUUCACACUUCAUGAAUAGAGUUGCUGACUCUGUUGACCUCUUAUUUUACACAGUCAGUAAUGGUUGUGUUUGUGUGUGUGUGUGUGUGUGUGUGUGUGUGUGUGUGUGUGUGUGUGUGUGUGUGUGUGUGUGUGUGUGUGUGUGUGUGUGUGUUGCUGUGGAUGUGUGAACCUUCUUAAAUUACUGUCACCAGUUCACUUCUUAACAGCUGCUCUCUGCGGUGACAGCUGAGUUUAACUGCUUCAGUAGGCUCGUAUAAAGGAGACUUCUCUCUCUCUGGUUGGACACACACGUGAUCAGAGUCACCUUCUUUAGACGAGCCUCCCUGCUAACCCUAAAAAUACACCCCUGUCUCUACUGAGCAUGUGCAGAGUCCUAAACAACAACAUCAGGUUUAAAUUAAUUUCAUAGUUAUAAUGCCAAAGGAAAUGGUCAUGUGGUUGAGUGUGAUACUUUGUAAGUGUAAAGGCCUUUUCAGAUUGAAUAACCAGAUUUCAAAAACUCACUCUGCCUCUCAUACGCUCUUAAACUUGACUUGAAAUAUUCAAUAAUUAUCAAAUGAACUAAAGUUAUUUUUGUCUUAUUUUCUGCAGCCUGCCAAACCUGGAUCAUGAAGGGGAUGAAAGGUGAGCGCUCAGAACAAAGACAAAGUCCAGCUAUCCAAACCCUAAAGCUCUGAUUUUUUUACAUUCAUGAAAUAGACUGAAAUUUAUAUUGGUGCUUUUUUAUGAUUUUACCAUCAGUGACAAGAUCAACAAUCUUUAAAUUAUAAAUGUUAAUGCCUGAACUUGGUUCAUGGGGGUCAGGUGUCAGCUAAGCAGCUAUUCAGAGGCAAGGAGACAGAUGUCUUAUUUGGCUGCAAACCAAAGACAACACAACUGAUCCCACUUUUUAAAAUAAAGGUCUGUUGACAGUUAAUAAUUGUCACUGGCUUAAACAAUAAAAACAACUGGACUAUCUUUAACACACUGUGUAUAUUGUUACUUUUUGAAAUCUAAUAGGACAUCCGUUUCAUUUCACACAUGUGACAACACACAACUACAUAGACACACACACACACACACACACACACAUGAACUCUAACAAUGAGGUAAUCAUAUCACUUGCAUCAGGUAACAGUAUAUCAAACUAUCAUUGGACAGCUGUUGUCUCCUGUUUUUAUGGGGAGAUGAAACAUGGAGCUUGUUGUUUAUUUUUCCUUAUCAGACAAAAUAAAUAUAGACCCCCUCAGUUUGUGCUGUAAAUAAAAUACUAGACCUCAUAGCUGUGAAGGUUUUAGAUUACCUUAACAAAGCUGUGGGCAAAAUCGACUUCACAAGUCAUGCUACUUGAAAUAAUCGUUUCUAUUGUUGCAUGAAAGCUGUGCACAUGCUUCAUUUACAAGUAUCAUGUUUUGUGUAGUGUAAGCCAUGGCUGCUUUUGUUUCUGUUCAAUAAUUGGGUUAUAUAAAUGAGUAUUUGGGGACAUUAGAGGAUGAUAAGUGUAGGAAACCAUCUCUGUGUGAUAUUCAUUUGGCUACACUUUGUCACUGUCGCCUGUGUUUCAUUUUCACUGGCAAUCCAAACAUUGAAAAUAAAGAAAAGCACAUUUUUGGCACAUAUCCCUGUAUAGUUGGCAUUCACAACACUUUGAGUACGCAAUAGUGAAGGCAUUAAAGACACAGAGACCUUAAUGAGCUCUGCCAUCACUCUUAUUCUUUACACACUCAUGCAUGCUGAGAGGAUAAAGGCUCAGUGUGUGGUUUUGGCUGUCAUGGGUUGCAAAAGAGGUGUAUCCUUGCUCCUUUGACUAUCUGUCAGGAUCAGAUGCGGACACUCACUAUAGUCAAUACUUCAUCUUAUUGAGUGUCUGUCACUGACCAAGAAAAAAUGUUUUGAUCCAAAAUAGAUGGAGAGGGCAAAAAGCCAGAGAUUUGAGUGUUACAGAAAAAUGUAUUUAUUCAAGUACUGUUCUGGACUUUUUAAACUCAAACCUCAAAGUAAUGAAGAAACUCAUGCAGAGCUUCAACCAGAUGGAAAGAUGAAUGAGCAAAUCUCACUCACUGACAACAUACUUAAAAACAAUAAUGUCCAGAAUUGUCUUUUAAUGCAGAGCUGCACUGAUAAUCCCAUCUUUUUUCAACUCAAACAACCUCUCUUUAUGUUUGUAGGUCAGCUUAAAGUGAGAAACAUAUAGAAUAAACAAGAUAUCAGUGAACAGCAGCAAACAAUCCAAAGGAUUUAGACGUGACUCAUGUUGACGUCUUAAGCUCAGUCAGAGGACGCAGAUCCUCUGAGAGGUGACCACAGAGUCAAAAUGACCCAACGCUGGUUUCUAUAUCAACGAAUUACAGGAAGACAAAAUGAAAAGGGGGGUGGGAGGGGGUAUGGUAUUUAUAGAGGGGAUAAGAUCAGAGCUUGUGUUUGAACAGAGUAGCACUGAUCUUUACUCUGUGUGUAUGUGUGCAUGGAAAAGAUUUUUUAUCUCUUUUUGUGAUCAUUUCUUUAGUUAAGUUGUCUUAUGUUUUUAUAUUUUCUCUGCAGCCCCACAGACAGAGAUACAGCCUGUGAUGGAGAAGUCAGGUGAGCCCAGUGUGCAGCACAGCAGGCGGUCUCCAUGGAGAUGUAUUAGUGUUAUCAACAGAGCAGAACGCAAUGCUAAUCAUUAUCUAGAAUCCACUGAAGAUAAAAGAGAACGAGAUAUCUUCUCUGUGUACACAUGUUUGCCUCUGACCAACAGCGUUGAAUUGACUUCACAAACACAACCCCAGUCUUUAGUGAUCUAUGGACUUUACUUCUAUGAACUGCAGUGUUUGCUUUGCAUCAUCACCUUCCCUUUGUGGUCCAGAGACCUGUCUUUCUCUAAUCUGUGAAUAAAGGAGUCAUGAAGAAGUAAAAUGCAAUGACAGAAAAAAAAAAGGUUUCCUGUAUUUUCACUCCUCUGUGUAUGUCUGUUUUACAUCCUCUGAUAGGAAGAGAGGCCCUGUGGCCUACGCUUCCCAGAAGCCCUGGCUGCUGAACGCGACACUGGUGGAGAACAUCACCUUUGAAAUGCCUAUGAUCAAACCCAGGUGAGACCUCGCAACUGCACUGAGAUGAUGGUCUGAUGAUAAUAUGUGAUAGGACUGAGCUUAGCAUGCACCGCACACAGGCUCGUCUUAGUAUGCGCUGCACAUACAGUAUGCUUGCCGACAGGCUCAUAGUGGUUCAUGCAGAUUUUCUUUUACAGUUGGAUUUUGUUUUGUUUUAUAAUUCUAUAAGAGAUAAUGAGAUGUUGGUGAAGAGAGAUUUAAACUACAUUCCACUCAAGUAAACUGGUUUCUUGCUGACUGACAAUGACAAGAGAAACUUGUACAGGCUCACACAAAAACGUGCAAAUUGGUGAAGAGAGCAGAAACUUCAUUCAAGAAUUUUACCGAAACGAAAAGAUCCUUUUUGACAGGCACCUACUCUUGAACUCUUUUUGACGAGAAGAUCAGUCAUUGGAGCUGACGUCUGCUCAGUACAGAUCUGUGAAGUCUGUUCAGGUUACUGUCAUUCACACAAUAUUAAUGCAGUGUACCGAACAUCAGAAACACCUCACUAUACCAUGAUUACAAACUACAGCCUUCAGCCAAAAAGUUGGAUAAAAUCUCCUGAAGCUCUAACAGCACCUCAACAUUGUAACCUUUGUAAAAGUAUACUUUUUUAAUGAUUAAAGGAAUUUAGUCAGUUUCAGUGUAACUCUUGCUUUAUUCACAAUCAAGUAGUAGUGAGUACUUAGUGGAUGUGCCUCACCUUAAGGGAUAUUCCGGUGUAAAAUCAAUUUAGGGUCAAACACUCUAGAUAAACCAACUUUAGUAACGACUGCAUGAUCACAGUACACAGCCACACACAAACCUCAAUCAGUUUUCAUUUUCAUUUCUUUGUUGAAAUGCAAUCAGACCGAGAGGCUAAGGCAGAAGAACUACCGCGUCUGCAGUGCAAAAUGAUUAAUAUGAUGAUUAUUACUUCAAGGAAAAGAAAAUAUAGAAAUGAUCAUAAAUGUUCUUCCUUGAGCUGUGUCACCCCGCUGCAGUCCAUAAUGGACUGGCCCGAGGUCUCACUACAAACAAGCGGCUGCUGGAAGAGAGUAGGUGAGUUUUGUUUAGUCUCUUUGCGAAAGAAACCAGGCAAAGCUAAAAAAAAUUUUCGUUGCUAGUACUAUGGCAGGGACCCUAUAUGUACUGUUGAUGAAGGUAGGUGCUGUUCUGAGCAUUAUUUGUGGCUAAAGAGUGGCGUUUUGGUUGAGGUUUGUUUAUGGCUCCUCAGACCACUGUGUAUUGCUUUCGUGCGGCCGUCACUAAAGUUGAUGUAACUGGAGAAGCAAGCAAUCAGCAACAUUCAUCUCUUAAGGGGUGUUACGGUGUUACGAUGUGUUUGACCCUAGCUAAUUUUACACCGGAAUAUCCCUUUAAUCCUAAUUUUUAACACUCAACAUCUGCAUUCGUAAUCAUGAAGUGUGGACUUUCUCCUCUGAAUGAUUGCUGAACUUUGUUUUAAUUCCUGACUGCUGCCUCAGUGAAACCCCAAAACCACAAUAAAACACUCUGUGCGAGACCUUUUGGCUGUUAAUUAAAACAGAGGGAUCAAUAUGUUUACAGGCCAAAGUGUUGAGCCAAAAAUAAAGCUAAUAACCCUCUUGCUCCCUAAAGCCACUGGGGUUAAUUAGAAGUGCUGAUGUGUUGAUUAAAUCAGUACAGAAAGCCAGUCUGUGACUUUCCAAAUAAAGUAUUUUUCACACAUUGAUACCUCAAACCAGGAUUUCUCCCUGAUUAGGAAGAGAGGCAUGCUGGCCACAGUCUCGCUCUGUCCACUUCACACAGUAGAUGCUGUUUUACAAGGUGUACAUGCUGUCUUUUAUUAAGAUAAUCUCAAAGAUAGUUGUAAAAACUUAUCAAUUUCAUCCUCAUAACUAAUUCCCAUCAUGCAUUCAUCGUUGUGUAUGGUCUCGCUCUUGAAGAUUAUUUUCACACAGCCCGUCAAAUUAACUGUUGUGGUUUGUUGUUGUGGGGAUGGUGGAUAAAGCUGUCAGCCUCUUCCGUCUGUUUCCUCGAUCUUUCUCUCAAGUAUCAACUCUUUAUUUGCUUUCUCUCUCAUUGUUCUGCUGUCUGUGUUUUUGUUUCAUGCGUACAGGUAAAGUGACCUUAAAGUGCAGCAUAAGAUAUUUUUUUGAGACGGUGUCAGUGGUUUGCAUGAAUAUGCAUGAUGUAAACAACACAAGCAGAAAGUCAGUAUGAAUCGUUUCUGUCGAGGGAGGUCAGUCAUGCUAUUCUUCAGCAAAAUAUUUUCAGCAGAUAAACUAGAUAAUGUCUUAACAUCCAGCUCUAACCACUGAUGUGACAAUGUGAUGUGGAUACAUUCUAUUAUACAUGAGAUCCACCAGCUGGAUUUUUUGGAUUCACACCUAAGAUGUCCUGAUGGUGGGAUCGUGUGGUGUUCAUUUCUAUUCUCACAGGGUCUGGACCGUUUUAUGUUCUUGAAAUGAAAAAUAAAAAAAACAACAAUCUCAUUCCAACCUUUAUUGGCUGUGACCCUUCAUAAAGCUCCUGCAACCAAAGGCCUGUCAGCCUGUGAUGUGCUAGAAUCUCUGAGGGUUAACCUAACAGGCUGCAGAAACUCUUCAACUCUUGGUUUCCUUUCUUAGCAUCCACAGGUCUUUCAGACACUGAUAUGGGCUAUCUUACAAAUGCAUUUCAGUAUAUUGUACAUGAAAGAACUCUAGUUUAUAAUCCACAUGAGAAGCCAAUAAUAUCUUAAAGGGCACAUAUCCUCCAUCUGUUUAGUAUCAGCAUCUGCUCUCUGUCCUCAUCUGUAUUCUCUGUCUGUUUGUGCCUGUAGGUACAAAGCUGUCAUAGACGCCUGCUCUCUGCAGCCAGACAUCGACAUCCUCCCACAGGGGGACCAGACAGAGGUUGGGGAGCGGGUCAGUAUUAAAGUCCAAUUUCUUUGUAUUCCUUGGUGGUCCUUUUAUUUUCUAGAUCUGAUAAGGAAGCUCCUAUUGUUGCCCAGUGUGCUGUAGAGUCAUUUGUCAUCAUUACUGCCCUGUGAGGAUGUGAUGUUUGACCUUGUUCAGCCGGAGCACCGUCAUGUUGGAUUUCCUCAUGCAGCAGUAAUGAAGGAGAUAAACCGUGAUCUCCUUUGGGCACAGCGCCACACACGCGCAUUUACUGAUGGGAUAUUGUUGUUCAUUUCUCUUUGUAGCGAAACAACGCAGUGGAAGAUUUUCUCAUGUGUUUUUUCUGCCCUCUGCUGCAGGGAAUCAUCCUGUCAGGUGGACAGAAACAGCGGAUCAGUGUAGCCAGAGCUCUGUACCAGCAGACCAACCUGGUGUUUCUGGUAAGCACACACACACACACACGCACGCACACACACACGCACACACGCACACACACUCAAAAAGAUGUAAAUGGAUCAAAAGCAUGUUUUUAAGCUUUGAUUUAUGCAUUUGAUUAACCUCUUCAGCAGACAGUCUGACAGUUAUCGAGUUUAUGUUUUUCUGAUCUUGAACUGAAGAUGUGAUUCUAUUUCUAAUGCUUUUAAAGAGGCAGAAAUAGCCAAUCACUUUCAGAACCCAGAAAUGAGUUUAAAAGAGUGUCAACACACCAAAUCCUGAUGGAGGGAACUGCCUCUUGUCUGAUUUAAUGACUUUUGUGACAUGCAUGUUUGCAGUGAGGACUGCAACUACUUAUUAUUUUUUCAUCUUAUCCAUCUGUAAAUAAUUAUUCUAAGAAAUGCUUUAUCAAUUCGCUUGAAAAAAAAUCUGAAAAUUAUCAUAUUUACAGAUAUCAUAUUUAUUUUCUUCAAAGUAAUUCAUCAGUAUUGCAUCAAAGAUCAAUUUGCAUCAAGGGAUUAGGGUAAGACUCAGAAAAACUGUUACUCAGGUUAACAAAAUCGGAGUCUGCCUUGAGCCUGAGUUGACCUGAGUUGAUUGGUUGUUUAGUGGCUGGCUAGAAAGUUGAUUUGCUAUUGAUUUCUUGGUUUCUGUAAAACAUCGUGAAGAGCAGCUUGCAUCCAUUUCAAACUCCUGCUGCUAGCUUACUAAACAGCAACAAAAAAACGUAUAAUUAACCAAACUCCCUCAUCACUCAUUACUCUCCUCCUGGAAAAUCAUGCUCUGCCAUUGAAAGAAGCCCCACAAAAACCAAUACCACCACCACAACACCUUCAUUAUUGAUGCUACUGAUGAUGAUGAUAUUUUUGUCAACUCUAUUGAAAAUGGUGAUAUUAAGGAUAUUCAUGACAUUGAUAAGGUUUCUCGUGGUGACUGCGUCAAUAAUGCUGAUUUUGAUGGUGAUGAUGAUGAUAAAGGUGGUGAGAUUGAUCACAAACAUUAUGUUGAGAAGGAGGAUUAUUAUGAUAAAGCUGAUGAUGAUGAUGGUAAAGCUGAUGAUGACAGUGAUAGUGAUGAUGUUUGUCAGGAUGAUGAAGAUGACAGUGAUGCUGAUGAUGGUAAUUAUGAUGACAAUGAUCAUGAUAUGGUGAUGAUUUUGAUCAUAGAGAUGAUAUUGAUGAGAAUGAUCAUAGGCAUGCUGAUAACCGUGAGGACACAGAUUGAUGAUCAGAAUCAAAUAAAAAUAUUUAAAUUCACACAAAACAAAAAUCACACUCUGCGUGUAUUACAAAUUUGCAGUACCUAUCAUCUUGACUUUUUAGGAUUAAAUCUGGUUUGGGCACUUCUUGAUGUUGUGGCCCUUGUUUAGGUCUUUAAUUUUGUUGUACUUAGUUUCAGAAAUAAACGUUAUACAAAAGCAUCUGCUAAUUAAAACUGUAGCACUGAAAGUUUUCUUCCCUCUCUCUGGAAAUAAAGGAGAGCUCAGGAAUCCACGUUUGAUUAAAAUUUUUAUCUGUUCUUUCAACUUUUAGUGUGUGGCUUUUCUGUGCUUUGGAGGCUUAGCUUAAACCAAACAGAGUUUUGUAUAAAGAGGUAGAUUAAUGCUGCGGGUGUUUUGCCUUGUUGAUUCAAUCUAACUGCACAUCAACUAGACAAUUAAAGGAAAGUUUUUGAGAGCCAAACAAUCAAUAAAUAAUGCCUCUAAAGAUUAUUUUUAAAACUUCAACCCUGAUUGUUGACCGAGAAAGUAUGGUGUAUAAAACCAAUUUAGAGUCAUGUUGUCAUUUUUCUGCCCCUUUCUGCUCUAAAUAACGUCAUACUUUGUUUUCUUCAUGUAUUUCUAGGAUGAUCCAUUCUCUGCAUUAGACAUCCACCUGAGCGACCAUCUGAUGCAGGACGGCAUCCUCAAGCUGCUGAGAGAGGAGAAGAGGACGGUGGUGUUGGUCACACACAAACUACAGUAUCUCCCACACGCAGACUGGGUAAGAAGACCAGGGUGUGUUUGUGUGUGCAUGUGUGCGUGUGUGUGUAAUGAAUAUAUUUACUUCAAUUAUCUAAACCAGCUUUGUAAAAGGUAGAGUUACAGAGCCUUUUAACUCUUAAUGGCCACAGUAAUUGAUGCAAUGGUCCAUUUAUGCUUCUUUUCAAUUAUUCAUGAAACUUUUAAUGGUUUCACUGGGAGGCAGACAGUUUAUCUGAGUAAAACUUAUAAACACAUACUGAUUGAUUAUCAGUGUUUCUAUUGCAUAUUGUUUACUUUCUCUCUUCUUUGUGUGUGUGUGUGUGUGUGUGUGUGUGUGUGUGUGUGUGUGUGUGUGUGUGUGUGUGUGUGUCUGUUUUAAUAGAUCAUUGCCAUGAAAGACGGCACCAUCCAGACUGAGGGGACCCUGAAGGACAUCCAAAACUCGGAGCCUGAACUCUUUGAGCAGUGGAAAACAUUAAUGCACAGACAGGACAAGGAGUUUGAGAAGGUGAUUAAUGAUUUUGUGCUGCAAAGAGAUACUUAAAGACUCCUAAUUUGUCCUCUAAGUAAACUACUUUGAUUUAAUUAAAAGAAGGUGGUUCCAUCAAUCCUGUACUAUUUAACAUUGGAAUAUGAUUACUUCAAUGUUUGCCUCUCAGGAGAUGGAGAUGUUUAUCUUUCUGUCUCCUACAGGAGACGGUGGCAGCAAGUAUGACCGACCUGGAGCGCAAGAAUCUGCGGAGGGCAAUGUACUCCAAAGAGGCAGCCAGGACUGAAGAGGACGAGGAAGGUGAGAGGUCACAGGGCACAGCCAAGACAGGCACAGUUUAGUUUAAUAUGCGGAUGAAGCAGUGAGAGAUUUUCUGAUGUAGGCUGGAUUAUUGUGUGUAUUUAUGGCUGUAAAGUCUCUGUAUCGUUCCCUUUUUCUCUCUCAUGAGUUGAUGAGCAGAACCAGUCGCAUUAAAGCUUCUUUUCAUUUUAACACCUGUUGUGAUGUUUGCAAAGACAUGAAUGACUACAAGUUUCUUGUAUUUCAUUCUUCUAUCUUGUUCUUUUUUUACCCUGUCAAACAUUACCAGGAUGUUAAAAAAUUUCCGACCUUCUUCUCUGGUUCUUCUCGGACCCUUUAGUGAGCAGCACCACUUUCUUAAAACAGCACCUCGCUGUAACUUAACACAGAAACGAUUGAUUAUCUGUGUGUCUAUGCCGAUGAGUGUGCGGCUGUACUGAAAAGCUGCUCUCAGGUGCUGUGGCUGUACUCUUUAUCUGUGUUCUGUAUUGUCUCCCACGUGCUGGUGGCACCCCUGCGUGGACUUGUGGGAUGGUUUCAGCACCUGCUGCUGCUCUCAUGUUCGAUCAACCAGGUGUGACCAGAAAGCAUGGAUUGAAAAAAAAACAGCAAAAACAAGUCUGUGGCAUCAUGACGCUGCAAGAAAAUCAGCUGCUGUGUCAGCUUCUCCCUCCAUCUUGGCGAUUCAUCUUCCAUUUUCUUUCUCUCUCUCUCUUCUUUCCUAAGCAUCGAUCACUCCUGCUCCUCUAAACCUGUUUAAAACCAGCAUGUUUAUAUACAGGUUGGUGUUAGCAGUAGUAGUCUGUUUAGUCAUUCUCUCCCUUUAUUUUCCUCCUCUCUCUCCUGCUUCCUCUCCGCCUUUAGCUUGUCCAAUUCUCACAAACUCCUACAUGCAGCAGCAUGCUGCAAAGCUUCUUUCUGCAUGAUGUGAUGAGAUAUAGUUACAUGAUCAGGGGUGGUGAGGAGGCAGGAGGUCCUUAGCAUUAGCUCCACAAACCCAGACCGGAUAUCAUGGCUGCUCUGUUGUUCCUGAAUACACACCAAUCAUGGGAAUGAGCAUCUGCUUAGUGUUAAAGCACAUGAUUAGAGAGACUGUAGCUUUUAGCUCACCUUCUCUCGUUUUGUCAUCCAUCAUGAUCUGUGCCGGCAGUUUUCCUUCAGACAGACCCUGAAUCUGAAAAAUGUGUCAGUGUAAGUAGGACAGAGCAAGGAAACCGAGGUAAUUGAAUAUCUAGGAAGCAGGGUUGAAGAGGAGGAAAAUCAGAAAUGUUUCAGGGCAUAAGCAGUGAGUCACAGGAAAUCAAAGAAAAGAACCAUUAAAUUUAGAAACAUCUUUUAUGUAAAUGAAUUCAGUCUUAUUUUCCUCUUUGGUAAAAUAGUUCUUUUAACAGGCCUGCCUAGAAACCAAGACUCUAAAACAUUCACUGUUCCUGUCUGAUACAGAGGAGUCUGUGGAGAGUGACGAUGACGACAAUAUGUCACAGGUGAUGCGUCACCGUGCCACCAUCCCCUGGCGCUCCUGUGGCACCUACCUGUCCUCCGCCGGGCUCCUCCUGCUCACCCUGCUUCUCCUAUCACAGCUCCUCAAGCACUCCCUCAUGGUCACCAUCGAUUACUGGCUGGCACACUGGACGUCACAGGUCAUCACAGCAAAGAUUGAAGCCACAGCUCGAAACUGCACUGUCGUCCAGGUAAGACACUGUAGUAGACCUUUAAUUUUAUCCGACGUAACUUGUUGUUGUUUAGUUUAAAAAGUCUGUUGUGGGGUGCACAGAUGGCCGAGCAGGUUAGCGUGCCCCGUGUAUGGGAACCAUGGUCCCCUCGGGUUUGAGUCUGGCCUUGACCAUGUGCUGCAUGUUGUCCCCCCUCUCUCUCUCGCUCACUCUCCCCACAUUCCGCCCUGUCCUAUCAAUAAAAGCCAAAAAUCGCCCAAAUAACAAUAAUAAAAAGUCUGUUUUGUAGUGUCAAGCUGUUCUUUCUGUCAUUGAGCCUUUUUCACAAGAUGGUAUCAGACUUUUAGGUUCUACGGAUUUAUCAUUUUAGUGUUUUUUUUUCUCCUUUAUAUAAUUCUUAUUUUUCAGUCAACAAACAGACAUAAACAUAAACAUUUCCUCCACACUCAACUGGAUAUCAAAUCUGAGCUUUUUUUUAAAGUAGAAGUGAAAAAUGUUCCCCAGGUAGGUCUAAUUAAAAAGUGAGUGCCUGUCUUUGACUGGACCUGAUAUCAGAGAUUACCACACUUUGGACAACAAACAUGAAGGUGGGGUGGAAUAAAUCUGUGGUGCUUCUGGGAUGUUUGUGGAGUAGUUAAGAGAGAAAAAGGUUAUUAUCUCUAAUUUAGAGUCUUAUCUUGUCGUGGCCUUUUUUCUACAGCUCCUCGGAUAGUUCGAAAUCCUGGGGCCUCAAAGUAUGAAAACAAGACCUCAGAAGCCAAGAUGUCAAGAUCUGUAACUGAUAGGGCGUUUGCAGAGGAUGUUUUGUAAUAUCAAACUGAACAUUGAAUGUUUUAGACUCAUUAAUUUGAGCUCCAUCAACUUUUAAAACCACUUGACUAAUUUCAGACAUUUGAUAAACAUGUCAGUAGAUGAAGUUAUCAGAAAAGGAUUUCCAUGUUAACCAAAUAUGACAGUAUAUAAUCAGAGCUGGGAUUUAAAAGAAGCUCAUCUAUGCAGAAAAAUCAGGAUGUGUGAAAUCAUAUAUUUUUCUCACUGAGUCCCCCCUGUGAAUCCCAGCUGAGCAGCUCUGACCUAAAACACCAUCACAGAGGCUGACAGCUCCAUAUGGAGCAUUCACUAACAUAUCCUGCAGCAAAGGAAGCCCUGACUCUUUUGCAUGAACAAGAGCGCAUCAAUGGAGUCUGAGUGGCUAAAUGAGAAAGUAUGUGAAGGCAUGUUUACUGCAGGAAGACAAUAUUUUCAGCCUCAUGUGGCUGUCUCAGAUUCAGAGAAAGAGCUGCAGACAUGUAUAAAUGCAGUUGUAGGAUUGGCCGUAACAACUGCUGAAAUCAAACAACUAAAAAUCUGUAUCACUUUGAUAGAACGGUGUAAAUUUUCAGUGUGAUGUAUGGUACACUAAACAAAGGAAAAGGACCCAGAAAUGCAGAACUAGAAGGUUUUUUUGAGGCAAAAACAAAAAAGUAAAAGUCCAACUAAAACUUACUCUCAAAAUGACCAAACAAAUCCAAGAAGCAAAAUCCAAAGAAUCAAAUGGGCACUGGGAAAAAAACACAAGGAGACAACCGGGGACACAAGCAUGUGCUGACAUAGACAUAGACAUAGACAUAGACAUAGACAUAGACAUAGACAUAGACAUAGACAUAGACAUAGACAAGGACACAGACACACACACAAUGAACCCAACAAGGACAGAGGGGAAGACAGGGACUAUAUACACACUGGGAAACGAGCAACAGGUGAGGCUAACGAGACACAGGUGAGGCUAACGAGACAAAGGUGAAACUCAUGGGUGAUUAACGAAGGAGGGAAAACUAGGGAAGUAAAACCAGACUAGAAACACAAGGAAUAACUACUACAAAAUAAAACAGUUAACACUGAAAACUGAUCUAAAGAAUAAAACACAGAGAACAGGAGGGAAACAGGGUCAAACACAACCUGAAAACUCACAAGACUGGACUUCAUGGGAGCAGGAACAAUAGGGAACAGAAACACUGAGAAAAUAAACAAUAACAAAACCAGGAGAAAACUAAAUGAACAAAACAUAUCAUGACAAACAGUGUAUUAGAGGGUAUGUGUUUGAGGAAUAAAUUGUAUCCUAGUACAAAAACUUCACUUGGUUUUAAGCUUCCUUUUCAGAGCCCUCGUCCUCAGAACGGUCUUUACAUACAGGAAUACAGAUACGCAUACAUAUGCAUACAAAACUCAGACAUUUGACAAGAGCAAAGUUCACACGCACCACCAUAGUCAGAAAAACAAUAUAAAUACCUCUGAAGGUUAAAGUAUGCCAUUCACACUUUGGGGCCACACCAGCUGUUGGCAGGUUAUCAUCUUCCAGGAACAAAGAGGCUCAAGUAUUAAUAGUUGUGUGUGUGUGUGUGUGUGUGUGUGUGUGUGUGUGUGUGUGUGUGUGUGUGUGUGUGUGUGUGUGUGUGUGUGUGUGUGCGCGCGCGCGUGUGUGUAUGUCUUUGUUUAGCCAGAGUGUACCCGUCCUUUGAACUGAAAUGCCAGGUCACAUUUCACACAGUCAUGUAGAGGACUACAGCUGAAGUCUGAGGACAGCAGGUUAAAAGUGCCCCACCACCCCCCACCCCAUGAUAUUUUCUCUCACUCACUCAAACUAAAGCACACUGAAAGUAGAGUUCAGUGCAGACACAUUGUUUAUCAUCUUGUUUGGCCAAGCUUCAGUGUGCUUUCACUCGUUCCUCAUAUCUACAGAGGGCUGCAGAUGAAUCCAUGUUGGGACACUCAGAAGUUGUGUUCAGAUAUCAGACACAAUAUCAGACACUUCAGGAAACUGGCUGGCUGCUCUCUGACUGCAUGGACACCAGAUUGAAAACUAAAGCCUCACUGCAAAGGCAUUUAUAGCUGAAAGAUUUCCUACAGAGGCCCCAUCUUCCCAACUGGUUUCUUUGUGACUGUCUUUGCUGGAUAUUCCUUCUUUGUCUGUCCUCUAGAGAUUUAUUUAGUUGGAUUUAUGGUUUAUGAUUUGAUGGUUUGCUUAGUAUGUUACAGGUUAUAUGGAAACUUUGAUCCGUGGAGAACAACAUGUCUGAGCUGCUUAAGCCUCACAGGCUCAUCACAUUAGAGAGUCAAUUUUUCACCAGCCUCAGAGUUUAAUUAGGCUUAUAAUUACAGUGAAAGUAAACUGAGUGACAGGAGGCCCCCCCCGCCUUCUCUUUCUCUGAAGUACACUCACUGACUGUAAGUCUUUUAUUACCCGUGUUCUCCUCUUUAUCUGUACAGGACUGUGGUUUCAGUCACUCAUGGUAUCUGUCAGUGUUCAGCGUGCUCUGCUGCCUCGGCAUCGUUCUGUGUUUGGCCACCUCUGUCGCUGUGGAGUGGACCGGACUCAAAGUGGCCAAGGAGCUCCACCAGAACCUGCUCAACAAGAUCACCCUGGCCCCAAUGAGGUACAGCACAUGACAGUGAACAUGUGUGUGCUGCUGUAGCUCUGCUUCAUAAUGUGUUGAAGACAGAUGUGUGUGUUUGUGAGUUUGUGUGUGCUAAAAAAUCACUUAAAGGAGGAAACACAGUUAAAAGCACCUUUUUUCACCUCAUUACUCAGAGCACCAUCUGCUACCCAUUACACAUAACCUAGGAGACAUCACUUACAUAAGGACGCUCACAUGCUCAUAACACCUCUGCAUAUACAGUGAAUACACUCACACAAAUACACACAGCUGCAUAAAGUUCAUACUGCACCGUCUGGAUUUAAAAAUGAUGACAGUAGUAGUUUAAGAUUUAUAGUAUAGUAUAUUUUUUCAGGCGAUGCAAGAAAUAAAGGAAACAAAUUAGCUGUUUUUUUUUAUUCCCAGGCUGUUUGAGACGACUCCCCUGGGCAGCAUCCUCAACAGGUUUUCCACGGACACAAACACCAUCGACCAGCACAUCCCCACCACCCUGGAGUGCCUCAGCCGCUCCACGCUGCUGUGUGUGUCCGCUCUGGGCGUCAUCUCCUACGUGACUCCUGUCUUCCUCAUCGCCCUUCUGCCACUGGCCAUUGCCUGCUACUUCAUCCAGAAAUAUUUCCGGGUGGCCUCCAGGUGAGUCAUAAUGUGGAGUUUCCACUCUGAUAGUGCACUGAAAUAAGACACAGCGUGCUGUAAAAGCCUAUAACUGCUCUAGAAUAGAAUCCCCUCUCAAUAAAAUAAGAGGUAUAGGGCAUUCCUCUACCUUUAUUCAUUCUUAGUAUUGGGAAGAAGUUGGUAUGAAAAUAUGAAUAAAAAAUAAGUGUUAUGGAAGUUUAUUCUUACACCUCUUUUUUAUGUAAAACAAGUUUAACUAAAAGUUCACUCUUCAUUUCAUUGUGUUUUAAUUCUUAUUAGAACCAGUUAACCUAUGACCUUGUUUAAACUCUUCUUUAGCUGAUACUUCACUGUCUCCUGUGCCCUGUGUGUUCUUGUCAGGGACCUGCAGCAGCUGGAGGACAGCACUCAGCUCCCUUUACUCUCCCACUUCUCCGAGACGGUGGAGGGUCUCACCACGAUAAGAGCCCUCAGGUACUUCUUGUUCACAUUAUUCAGCAUUAAAACUGAAUGAGUGAAAAUUUGAAGGAUCAUUCUUGUAUUUUUGUGAGAGAAAUCUAAACUUUUAAUGCUCCCCCUCUAUGCUUUUUGUCUAUAAAUCGGAUGGUGUUUGUUUCAAUGUUUAAAUGUCUUAAGGGGAUGCUUCCACAUGCUCAUCUCUGAGCCCGCAUAAAUUUCUGCUGUCUUUAGCGGUGGAUUGAUCCAGAGGUGGUGAAAUUAUAAUGAACAUUUGAGUUUUCAAGCAUGGAGGAAAAGGGUUACCCUGUGAAAAAGGUGAAUUAGAGCCCAGUAGCAACUUUUACCACAAUGAAAUCUCCAGGUUAACCUCUGAAAUUGACUCUCCUACAAAAAAGUCUUCUUAUUUUGGGCAGUUACAGCAUAAAAAAAUAAUGUCCCCCUCUUAACUUUAAAUUAUUCAGUGAUAGUAAAGGAAAAGAAAGAGGGUUCGUGCACUGGUUUACCUCAGUGGUUAAUAACACCCUGUGUUAUGAAGAUAUAGUCCAUGAAGCAGGUAAACUGGGUUCAAAAUGAGACUUUUGGCCUACACCUGGAUGUGCCAGUAGUAUCAGUGUAUCAUUCGUUCAUUCCAUAUCCGUUUUAGAAUCCAAAAUCAGAAUUUUUUUUUCUCAGAGAGGCCAGUCUUUAACCACACAGAUCUUGAAACCUGUUCACAGAGAUAGAGAAGGCGAUAUAAAUAGACCACUAUGGCCGGACUAGAACAAUACGCCGAUGUUAUUAAGCAGUUGUUCAAAGCUGGUAAGACCCACACAGACAUUUCGGAGACGUUGCAGGAGAUGGGUGUCCGGAGAUGCACUGCAAUGAGUGUCAGACGUUUCUGCAUCCAACACAACCUCAGGCGGAAACGUCAUGUUACUGAUGCAGAACUGGAGAGGGGUUUUGGUCAGUUCAAUAUACGAGGUAGGAAAAAAAAAGUCAACAACUUCCGGGUCACAACACAUCGAAAAUGAUACAAACCAAAAACGAAUAGAACAAAAAUCACAUGAUAAUUCCAUUCUCUCAUAUUCUUUUUUUAAUUUCAAAACAAAAUCAAAACAGCGAAAAAUAGGCCGUUAUUUGUUUUCCGUUUUUUGAUUUGAAAACAAGAAAUGAAAUAAGUCGUUAUCCGUUUCCGAUUUUGGAUUCUAAAACAGAUAUGGAAUGAACGAAUGAUACGCUGAUAGUAUCAUCCCCUGCUCCCUCUUCCUUCUCUAUCCUCUGUCCUAUCUUCUAAAUAAAUGUAUCAGCGACCCUCCCCACCCCAACCCAAAAAAUAAUGAAUUAAUUCACCAGUUUUGCCUCUCUUCAGUUGACAUUUUGUUCAUUUUUCUCUCAGAACCCACAAACCCGCCCCUGGGCUUCUGCAGAACAAGAGCCAACACAUUUUGUGCCCUAAUUUUCUGUGGAUGCAGAGCUGGACUGUAAAAUGAGUCAUUCAGGGUGCAGUAACAUGCUGGCAGGCAGACUGUUGGGACACAGACGCACAAAUAAAGAUGUGUUUUUUUUUUUUUAUGUGUUGCCAGGUAUGAGCCAAGGUUCAGACAGAGACUCCUGCAGUUCACUGAUGCCAACAACAUCGCCUCUCUGUUCCUGACAGCCGCAAACCGUUGGUUGGAGGUCCGCAUGGUAAAGAUCUGUCUAUCGUUCGCUUCUUACAGCAUCACAUCAGCCCUGUCUCUGUUUGUCAGACAGCUGCUGCCUCUGUGUUUUUGUUCAUGUAACUGUGUAACUGCUCCCUCUGUUGGGGUCCUGAAAAACUGUGUUUGGUGUUGAUGUGCUGUUUUUGUGAGGCCCCUGUGUGCUCCUCACAGCUCAUUUAGCUUCCAUGUUCAGUGGAGAUGAAGUGUUUUUGCAGAGAGAGUGUGCUUUCAUGAACAUUAAACUGAUCGGGAAUGAUUGAUCUAUUUUUGUUUUGUUUAUCUCAUAAACUGUCUUCAUUGUGUUUGACUGAUAUGGUCCCCCCGCAGGAGUACAUUGGAGCCUGUGUGGUGCUGGUAGCAGCUGUAGCCUCCAUCACAAACUGUCUGUACAACCAACUAUCCACAGGUCUGGUGGGGCUUGGACUUACCUAUGCACUCAUGGUGAGACUCAGUAUAGGGUGUGUUUGUGUGUGUUUUGCUCUUGGCUAUAUCAAAUUAAUGAGGACAAAAUAUGUGUUAAUUUUGACUUUUUUUAAUUGCAUGCUGUUAAAAAAGUGCCUAAAAGUUAUUUAUUUAGCUUUAUCUUUUUAUUUACUUUAAACACCUAAUUUUGAAACUCUUAUCCAAAACAAAACAAGUUUUAACCCCUCUGUAUGCUGCUUUUAGGAAUCCACAUUUGGUGCUCUUGACAAUUUUGCCUUAACUAAAUCUGAAAAGUGAAAGAAAUCCCUCUGGAGCUUGCUUUUAACAAAAAAAACUUUGUCAAAAAAGCUGCAUUUCAUUGUCUGUGACCGGCUCUUUUAAUUGAAAGAUUCCAUCUGCGGUGCAAGAGCCGUGUCAGUUAACCCUUUCCUGUUCCUCCACCAUCUUUUAGGUAUCAAACUACAUGAACUGGAUGGUGCGUAACCUGGCAGACAUGGAAGUGCAGCUUGGCUCAGUCAAGAGGAUUAACGGUCUCCUCCAAAACUGAACCGGAGAACUACGAGGGGCUGCUCAGUAAGUGCAGAAACACAAACACACGUGUGACUUUAUUUAAAGCUUCUUCACUCAUUCAGCAGCUGCAGUGAGUACAUCACAUCAGCUCUCUCUGGCUGAGGUUUCCCUCAAUCAGGAUGGAGUUAAAUGACAUUUAUUCCACCACAAUCAUCACUAUCAGCUCAUGUAUCACACUGCCAGGGGUCAAAUCAAGAGCCUGUAUGUUGAAGACUGAAGACACUUUAACAACUGGGCUUUUUUUUAAGGAAUGUUUUUUUUUCUGCCCAAGCAGACAUGAUGAUUUUAAGUUUAAGAAGACUUUGCAAAAAGGUUUUAAAAUGUUUUUUUUACUCAUUUAAAGAAAGUGCACACAUUUGGCAGACAAAAACUUCAUUACUUCAAACUAUUAUUCUAAGGUGAAAAUAAAGGCUGUGGGUCUGCUGUCUGAAGUAAUCUCAUGUGUUGAUGUCUAUCUCAGCUGCAUCUCAGGUCCCUGACGGCUGGCCUCAACAGGGAGAGAUCCAGAUCCAGAAUCUGAGUGUUCGGUAUGAUCCCACUCUGAAGCCUGUGCUCAAAAAUGUCAAUGCACACGUCAGCCCAGGAGAGAAGGUAAACCAAUGAAAGAACCAAAAUUCAAAUACCAGGAAAUGCAGCACACUGUAAUGUUUGUCACACUGCCAUGUUGUUUGUAUUCAGGUGGGGAUCUGUGGCAGGACUGGCAGUGGGAAAUCCUCUUUCUCCCUGGCCUUUUUCCGCAUGGUGGACAUGUUUGAGGGUAUAAAAAAGGAUCAAUAUUUGUAUUUGACAGAUCAUAGUUUGAUGCAUACAAAGUUCAAAGAACUAUUCAUCUACAUUAGCAGGAAAAACAUAUAAUAGAUACCUUCACAGCUGACAGCUUCUCAGUAUUGCUGCCCUUCAUAUUUUUGCCUCUGAGUGAUGUGUUUGCUUUUUUUUUCACAGGGAGAAUCGUGAUCGAUGAUAUUGACAUCGCCAAACUCCCCCUGCAGACUCUCAGAUCUCGACUCUCCAUCAUCCUCCAAGACCCCUUCCUGUUCAGCGGCACCAUUAGGUAUGAUGAAGUUGAAUAGUCCAUCAGUUUUAUCACCAGGAUGACUCGUCUCACAGAUGUUCGGACAGAGAACAUUUCCAGGAACAGCACCAGUCGGCAAACACAUCAAAGACACAUUAUCUGAAGUCUGAGUGGAGCCGAGAAAGCUUAGAUAAGAGUAAACCUCCCCUGCAGAGGUUUAUUUUUAGAUCUCAGCUACAGAGACCGUCUGUUCUAGAGGAGAAGAGAUUUAAAAAAAGAUGUGUGAAGAUGUCACAGUGUGGUUUUAAAGAUUGGACUGAUUCUCUGGGCAAAAAAAAAAACACAUUGUGUGAUGAAGUGGGUCAAAAACAGGAAAGUCUCUGCAGGUUUUGAAGGUGUCUAAGUGAAGCAGCAUCUGAACUGGCCGAGUAGAGAGAGAGUGAGCUACGCACUUCUGAGGGAUUAAAUAGGCCAGCAAAUUGAAAAGAUGUCGUGUGUUAGUGCAGUGGUGCAGCCUGAGCCAACUGUCUGAACUGGUUCAGAGGCUUUGCUUCAUGGAUCAAAUUAAUCACUGCACAGCCAGAAGCAUCAGCGCAACAAACAGAGGUGUUAAAGAUUAAAGGUGUUUGAAGGGAUUAUGCUCUUUUGUUCGGCGUGUGGUGCAGGUUCAACCUGGAUCCAGAGAUGAAGGCUACAGAUGAGAUGCUUUGGGAAGCUCUGGACAUCGCUCAGCUGAAACCUGUCGUCAAGUCUCUUCCAGGAGGCCUCGGUGAGAAUAUAUGUGUGUGAAUGAGUGUGUUAGUUCUUCUGUAUACUUCUCUAACAUAUCAUGAACCCCUCCUUUUUUUAUCUGUUUAGCCAAGCUCGCAGGAUUGCUAUAGGAGGUGCAGCCUAAGUCCACCACAGACAUGGAUCUGAAAGUACUGUAGGGAUUAGGAUAUCUUCGUUUUUGGCAUAUUUAAGUUUGCAGCGUAGACUGUAUUUUGAAUGGACAGUCUGCCUCCUUGCUGGGUAAAGCCACUCUGAGAACAGCACCCUCUGUUGAUGGGCUGCAGUAUAGGUCAUAAAUCCCACCUCCACCAGCAAAGCUUAUGGGCUGUGGACAAACUUUAGAAAUUUAUUACACAGAAUAUACAUUUUUCUCCCCCCUGGUUGUGAUGUUGACAUAUAGUUACAGUAAGACUGGUUUGUGCUCAAGUCCUCUUUUUUCUGUAAAGCUCCGUUUUUAAAAGUUAUUAGGGGGUUCAUGUUUUCUAUGAUUGACACCUGGUACAGCCUAUGGGCGUUCAGGGAUUGCGUAGCUCUCCCGGGGGAUACGCUGUUUGAGCCAAGCGUCAUCACAGCGUCUCUCUGCGUCUGCACGGCCGAAUGCGCACAACGUUUCUGCGCAGCUCUGGUUUCAGGAAAUGAAGAAAAAUCCCGGAAAAACUGAGAGCUUUUUGACUUCAAAACCGUAUACAGGCGGGAGGCGGAACCAAGUUGUCCAUAGUAUAUACAGUCUAUGGUUUGCAGCUGCUCAUAGUUAUUUUAGUGCUCAAACAAACAAAUAAUGUAACUGUGUGACAAUUGUACUUUGUGUACAUCAUGACAAUUCCUUCAUAUGUUAACAGACAGUGAUGGUCUUACCUUAAAGCUGUCAUCAUGUCUCAACACUAGUCACAGUGAGGGACCUGUCUCCUGUAGCUGUCUCAUGAUCAAAUAUUAGCCGAGUGCUCAGUGACUCUUGAACCUUCAAACAUGAGGAAUGUUUGCUAUGAUGAUGUUCAGGGGCCCCUCCACUCUGCGGGGUCUCACUUUAGGUCCCGCUGGUGUGACAUUUAUCACUCAGUUAUAUCUGUCGCUGUCGUCCUCUGCUCGUACAAUAAAACACAGAAACCCUCCAGCUAUUCUGGCAGCAGCUACCACAAACCUGUCUCGUGAUGCUGAUGAAUGUGUGUGUGUGUUUGUAAGUGUGUUUUGGUGGUUACAAUGUUAAAGCUCAGCUACUGGCUGCUUGUGUGUAUAUUUCCUGGAGCCAAAUGUUCAGUCAGUUAUUGAGCUGUGACUCGGGAGUUAACAGCCACUUCAUUUAGCCUUUUAACUUCAUUAAACCAAAAGCAAAUGGUCGGAGUAGAGUUUAUGUUGCGUUGAUAGCUGAGCACUGCACUGCAGUGAGUCAGGAGUUUUUUAAUGCUGAGUUAGUAAGUUUUUUUCUUUUGUUUUAAAGAUAAGCUGUAAAAUCUUGGUACUCCACUUCAUGAAUUGAGAGAUGUAGAUGGAUAGAUCAACAUAAAUUAUUUCUUAAAAAACCCAGUCACUUAUCAAUUGAUUUUUCUCUCUUGCUCAGCUAGAAUAAAAUGUUCUGUCACUCCAUACAUAGAGAGAAGCCUGUUAUUUGAAAAACUUACAUAAAAUAACAUCUGUAAACGAUAUAUAUAUAUGUUUGUACAAUGAUCGUUUUCCCUCCUUUAGAUGCCAUGGUGACAGAGGGGGGAGAAAACUUCAGUCAGGGUCAGAGGCAGCUCUUCUGUCUAGCCAGAGCCUUCGUCAGGAAGAGCAGCAUCCUCAUCAUGGAUGAAGCCACGGCAUCCAUCGACAUGGCAACGGUCAGUGUGAAGCGGUGAAGAGGAACACAAUCAAUUCAGAGGAAACAAGCAGGACAAGGAUGAGUGAACAUGGAGAGAGUUGAAGUAAAUCAGAGAGAGCAAAGUGUAAUAGACCUCCGAGAUGAGGUCCACUCAGAGUGGGGGGUGGAGCAAAGUUCACUGGGUAAUUUUCAUCAGUAGCCUUGGAUGCAAGGGAUAAAGAGGACAACCAGACAGAUGGAGACAUAAAAGACAAGUACACUACUUAAGCCAGAGUCAGCUGAUUAUGUAACAAUAUCUUAACAGCACUAAACAUGAACAACAGAGAUGUAGUUAUUGUUUUAAUUUUAGUUUUACAGUAAAAUUAACAGAUGACUAUUUCUUCUGCAAGAAGCAGAAAGACUCAGUGAACAUCCUCAGUGCAGAAAAAGCCUGAGGGGAGAGUGUGUUGGUAAAUGGCUCCUUCUUACUGAAGACCCUCUCCUCAAAGAUUGGUCACAAAGGGCGACAUUUCUAGCUCACAGUAAUGCAGCUGCACUUCCCUCAGGAAACACAGCGCGGUGUCAAAUCAGGGUCACGAGAGAAGGAACAAGAGAGGAGACAGUUUGGAGAGAAAGGGCUGAGAAGGUUGAACAUGAAUGUUUUUGUUCCAGAAUUAAAGGGCUCUGCAUUAGACCUUUUUUUCCCUCAUGCCUUUUUGCUCUCUCUCUGUCUCUUUCACUGUCUUUGUCCUCACAGGAGAGCAUCCUACAGAAAGUGGUGAUGACCGCUUUUGCUGACCGCACAGUCGUAACUAUAGCAGUGAGUAUCCUGUCUUUUACAGUGCUGCAUGCGGCUCUCUCAUUUCCCCGAGAGUGCUGACCUUCAUCUCACUCUACUGAUGAUGUUCUUGUAAAGUGAUGUAAGUAGAAGCAGCAUGGACAAAAACAUAUCUAGAGGACUUGGUAGGCUAUUGAAAGGUGAGACGGAAAGUAGGAAGACAGGAUUUCACUGUGGAGGAAUAUUUCACUUUGUAUUUUACGUCCUACUUUCUAUUUGGAAAUAAUCGUGCAGAUUAAUUGUACUAUCUUUGUGUAACAAAGCAACUCAUGCAUGCAUGCGUGAUUAAUGUAGGGUGUCAGUCAGGAUUGGAGUCUAACAGCUUUUUGUUAUGUCUUCUCUGCCCUGCAGCAUCGUGUUCACACUAUCCUGAAUGCCGACUUGGUGAUUGUGAUGAAGCGAGGGAUCAUCCUGGAGUACGACAGACCCCAGGCCCUGCUGGACAAGGAGGACAGCGUCUUCGCCUCCUUUGUGCGAGCAGACAAGUAG